UGGUGUGUAUGUUUUCAUGUUUUGGGCGGUUUUUAAUGCUCAAUUUUCUAUCAGCAUGGAUCAAUGGUCAUCAUUAGACCACUUACGAAGUAUAAACCAUCUUACCUGAUAACAUAACGUUUAAGGGAUGUGAAGUUUGCGAUGGAUGGUAAGUGUACGUUCAUGUUUAUGACAGCCAGCUGGUUUCCUGCUUCUGUAGAAUGGUAUCCGUGGUUGCCGUUAUAUUGUGUACAUAACAACUGCCAACGUUAACUGCUUUUUGAAAUUUUGUUAUUGUGUAAAACAUUUUUACCUCUUAAUAUUAUUGUGAGAUUCACCUUGAAAUUCCAUACACAUAAGCUUACAUGCACCAGUCAAUUAACUUGUACGUAAAAUUUGAGAUAGUAUCCGAGCUUGUAAGCUUAGUACGCACGAUCAAAUAUCGAUUCUAGCCCACUAGCUGUAGAGACAAGAAAGUUUUUAUCAGGGCACCAUUAAAGCUUUACACAUGGCUUAUCCGUCACUCCUAAACAGGUUCUUAAAAUGUGCAGUCUAUUUUUGUGUGGUGGGUGAUUUCUUACAGAGAUUUUCUCACACCUCUAGCUUUGCAUGCUCUAUUUGGAGAUGAUCAAUAGUGCAAUAAUUUCUUUAUUUACUCGACCAUAAAUAUUCAAAAAUUUCUGACCAUGACAUGUUUGGAUUCUCAACAAUGUUUAUGCAGAAAAAAUUUGGAGCACAUUUUUUCUCAUAGUGUAAAGUGCUACAACCAGUUGCAAAAUUACUAAUGAGACUCAGUACCAUAUUUUGGCAUAAAUAGCCUGUCCAUGAUCUUGUUCUUGUGAUCCCCCCUCCACCCCUUAUCAAAGUUGCUAGCAAUACAAGACUAUGCUCAAAACUUGGAGGAACAACUUUGAAUGGGAGGGAGGAGGGAGGUCAGUAUUAUAAAUUAUCUCACAGAUCUGUGACUAGCAGCGAUUUGAAGCAUGAAAGGUUGUUUUUUCAUGGGAGUGUCUCAACAUUUUUGCAACUGGUUGUGGACCUGCUUUUUCAGUAUCAUCCAUGAACAAGAGCUUACUACUGCUUGAGAAAUGUAAGAACAAAACAACCUCUGCUACUUAGUCUUUUUGGAAAUCAUAAGUUUCAGACCUGUUCACUCUCACAAUUUUGCCAUAAGCUUGAUUAAUAAUUAAUCAAGCUUAUUUUCCUGGUCUUGUGAUAAAGACCCUAAGUCUAUUGAUUUGGAAAGCAUUUGUGACAUACCUCUACAAUAACAACACGUUAAUUCUUUGCACAUGCAUCUUUGUUCCCGCAUUCUGGUGCUACUUUAGUUUGUCUGUUAGGUGUGUACAGACCUUACCUGCUGUCCAUAUAAGGCUUAUAAUGUAUUUCCUCAUUCAAUAACCAGCCCUCCCAUCCACAAAUUGAGUUUAUUCCUACUUUAAUGCUUGUGUCCAGGCUUCUUCAUUACUGUAAUCCUGCAUAUAAAGUUUAUUUAGUGCUCUCCCGAUGCUGAAUGCAACAACAGUUUUAUAUAAAAGUUAUAGAUCUGGGAUGUUUGCGAACCAUUAUCUCUUUAUUCCAAUAGAUUCCUAUGGAAAGUGGGAUAAAUCAAGAGGAAAACCAGGAAGACAUAAAGAGGAGGUAUUGUGUAAUACAGCUAAAUCUCUCUUAACCCUUCAAGCCCCAAGAUCCACAUACAAAUUCUUGAGACUGAUCUCCAUACAUUUCUUUUAAAAACAGUUGAGAGAAUUUGGUUUAAGAUCAAAGCAUUGUCCGUUUGGUAAUCAGUUCAGUAAUUCUCAUAACCUUUACUCUUGAUGAUCUGCUGAUGUUGUUAGGAGAAAAUUGAUGUUAGUCACUCUUGGGACCUAAAGGGUUAAUGGACACCUCUAUAAGAUGGACACCUCUCUAGAGUUGGCCUCUGCCUUUCUUUUCUCCUUUUAGUUGGCUCUAAAAAAAUGGACAUCUCUAGAGGACAUAGUCUCUCAUAGUGCUGGUCUCGAAGGUAUCCUUCUUAGAGAGAGUUGACUUAAAAUGUUUGUUCAAGUCAGCUGCAUAGCUCCACACAUGCUAAAAAUAAUCAUUCAGUUGAAUUACUUGUAAUGCAUGAAUCUGAGAUCUUUUGUAAGUAUUGAUAUUAGUGAGAACUAUGAUUAUUAUUUCUUAUACUUUGCAUAAACUAGGUUGCGUCUGUAAAAGAUGAAGUCCAUCCUGACUAUGAAGAGUAUCUUCUGCUGCUACAACAGAGAAACAGGUAAUUCAAAAAUCAAAGGCUGCCUACAGGACAUGAAUUGCAAAUGAAUACAGAAAUGGAUUUGCAAUCCAGAAAUUCUUGGUGAAACUCCUGCCCCGACUACUAGCAUGAUUUGAUAUAUCAGUUUUGGUAGUUUUGUAUUCAAUUCCUUGGUUGUGCUUUUAGAUAUCAUGUGAACUGGCAUGCCACAGGACAUUCUUCAUAUAUUAUGCUCAUAAUAAUAAUUAUUAUUAUUAGAUUUGUUUAAUUGUCCCACUUGCUUUUGUAUGACAAACAAAGAAGGUAAACAAUGGUUAUUAUUAGCAGCUAGUGACUGUUUGAAAAUUUGUAUAGACUGGAAUAGUCUGAUUUUAUGCUUGUAAUAGAGGUUUCAGUUCAGUUUUAUCCUAGAAACCGUGAAAAACUGGCCUUCAUACAUUACCAUAGUCCCAAAAACAAAGGAAAGCAUUUAGAUAAAAUUAAAAUCAAGGAUUAAGCUGAGCCACUACUUUGACACCUGCUUACUGAAUCAAAUCCUUUUCUCCCCUUUCUUGUUACAUGUAGGUUGCUAAAAAAGCUGAAAAAGAAAGAUGAGCAGCAGAUUGAGUUGGAGAAAAAAGAGCAAGGUUUUUCCAUUUAUGUGAACGGUGCCAAUGUGGAACUGGGAAGAGCAUAUUCAAGAGCCAAAUCUCGUAGUUCAUCAAGACAUACCAAAACUGCAGGAGGUGGGAUGGGGGUUCUUGUUUUUCUCUUUCUAGUAAAAGGCCAUUUCCGAGUUGCCUCAAGCCUCUGUUCCAAAGUGAGGCUAAGUGCGAAGCCAUUGAUAUGAAAAUUGUUUUUUAUUGUCAUGAAAAUAAAACUCAUUUUCUCAACAAAGUUUUGCACUUAGCCUCAUUUUGAAAGUGAGGGCUCUUAGAACUUGGAAAUGACCUGUUGCAUAAUUUAUGUACAGUGUAGUUUGCAUGAUCAGCCAGGGCAUGAAGAGCUCCUCAAAUACUCUCUUUUGCAAACAAGACUGACAUCUUGUGCUUUCAGCAAGCUACAGUUCUUUAAUGUGAAGGGGAAAAUACCUUAAGAUAGUGACUCUUGACCUUAUGUCAAAUUUUCCAUUUUUUGGUUUGCAAGCACAUAACUAGUCUGCUAAGCUGUAGCAGAGCAAUCUGGGAAUUUGCCAUGCUACUUUGCUACUCUCAGUGAGUACACUUUUUGUAGUAGAAGUGUGACUUUAAUAACUAAGAGACUUUAAGCGGUGGUAUUGUUUUUCUUGUCAUCAUAGCAACCCUUAGAUUUUACCCUUUGACUCUUAAUGUCAAUAACCAAAAAAGUCUUUACUUUUAAUACUUUACUUUAAUUUAACAGAACUGAAGUCUGUCAUUACAGAUAUUUGGCUUUACUUGCUCCCUAAGUUCUUUUUAUCAAGGAAUUUGAGAAGGGAGAUUAGCAGCUGAAGAGGGUUCAUUUUGGUGAUCAUGCCCUCGGUUCUUCUUAGAUUGCAUUGCUAACACUUCUGCAGCUUUUGACUGGGUGUCUCUUUCUUUUUUGUAGAUGCAUAUCGUGAAAGAAAGAAGCUGCUUCAACAUGAACUGCAGGCGUUAGAAAAAGAAGCAGAAGCGAGGUGUGUUGUUUUAGUUUCAUGUAAUUGUUCAAUUUUAAUUUUGUUACUUAGUUACUUUUCAGCUAGAAUUUAUAGACAUUGGGUUUUCUUACAUCCAUUUAUACUCUUAAUGUUUUAACAUAUUUUAAUUACCACAGGAAUUCCCGGAUAAAAACAGCUCCUGAUCAAACUCCAACCUCCCGCAAAGGUUGGAAUUAUGUAAGUGUUGUCUAUGUUCAUUUCCUUUCAAUGCUCAAUUUAUUGUUAAUUCUGAAGUCUGUCUUAUAUUGAGUGGGGUAUAGAAAUAAUCAUUUUGUUUUUCUACCUACUCACCUGGCAGGUCAUCUAUUUUUAUAGAGAGGAGAAGUGUGAUGUCAUGUUACCAUGGUAGCAAAAUUCCUGGGCCUAGUUGUUUGAAGGCCGAUUGGCACUUAACCUGGGUUUCUUUUUCUUGUGCAUUGCCUUGGAUAAUUUUAGAGAUUCCAAUCAUUAACUUGUUGACAAAAACAAUUAAAACUGAAAUGCUUUUUAAGCUUUCAAAUUUGAAUCCAAAUUUUGCACUAACCCUGGGUUAUCUUAACCCAGCUUUGAACAACUCGCCCCUAGAUCUCAACGAUCUUUCUUGACAGAGACGGCAUUUGCAUUGUUGAACGAUGGAAGAAAAAUGUUGUUCCCGAGUGCAAUCAUGCACAAAGUCAUACAUGUCAAUUUUUUUCUGCCGUAUUUGUAGGACUGUGGUUUGUUUGGAUCCAGAAAUUUUGCUAUCAUGGCAUUUUGACGUAAUGACCGCUCCUCUCUAUUGUUUCUGGACUGAAUGGUUAUCAGGGUUGAGGGGGGUGGGGUGCUGUUAUUCCUUUGUCAACCAUGUUUUUAUUGUCACUUGAUAGCUUUACUCUAGAAUAAUCUCGCUUAUUUUUGGAUCAGUUUAUGAUUUUGUCCAUUUAAUGAAAAUGAUGCAACGUUUUUUAUCUGUUUUUUUUUUUAUACCUCCUCAUUGUUUGUUAUUUAUUGGUUUUGUUGAUUCUUCAAAUAACACACGUACACUUUCUCUUCUCUUUAAAGGAUUCAAUACAAAUAAGAACUGAUGAAGGAAAGAAAGUAAAACUAAGAGCACCAGGUAAUAAUGUUAUGAUUAGAGAUUUUUGAUCAUUAAAUGUAUGGUAUAAAACUAAACAUGGGAAGUACAAACUAUUAGCUAAGGCACUAUGGUGGUCAUAAGAAUGAUCAUGCUCACCUAUUACAUGAGAUACAGAGUGUAUGUUAAGCUUGGUAGGAUUAUAACUUUAUAACUUUCCAUCCCAGAUAGGCACAGUCUUUAAAAUAAGGGUCAUCUUACAUAAAUAAUAUUAUUGUUAAGGUCAUGUAAGGCCGAGAUUGACUGUAUCUGAAACAAUGCUAUCAAUUGUUACAACUGUUCUUAAAAGGUCUGUAAGCUUUGCAAAAUAAUAAUAAUCAUCAUCAUCAUCAUUAUCAUCAUCUACACCUUCCAACUGCUGAGCAGGAGCAGGGGACCAUGAACACAAGUUUUGUGCAAUGCUUUAAGAUCUGAAGUGAUCUGGCAACACAGUAUGACUACUCAGCAUUUCAACUCAUAUCUUGUGUCUGGUUCUAGGGAGGCUAACUGGUAAAUACAGUGAAGAUUUUGAAUCAGUUGCUGUGGAUGACAGUGACAGUGCUUCAGACCAGGUAUUAAUCAUUGCAAAUGGAGGUUAUGCAUUAUUUAAUGAAGUGGCCCUUAUCACUAUAGGGCACUUAGAUUGCUUGUCAAACUCUCAGAAGUGAUAUUUUAUUUUUGAGAGUUUUUCUCACUAUGUUAUUUUACUUGUAACUAUAUUUCCUCCUUUUCUAGGAUGACGGUAAUCUUAGUGGCCCUGAAAAUAAAGGUCUGGAUUAUGAAGACGAUGAUGAUGAUAAUGAUGAUGAUGAUGAUAAUGAAGUGGAUGAACUUGCCUUGAGUUUUAAUGAUGUUGAGGUAUAAAAAGCAUAAAACUACAGUGCAUUCUUUGGUCCAACAGAUCUUUUUUGUGACCACAGCAUACAAUAUUUUACAUCUGUUUCUGUGCACAGUAUUAAAAAUUUAAUUGUUUCAGUAAGAAAAGUUGUUGCAAAAUUGUUCACCUCUUAAGAAUUAAUACACUGUCACUCUGUUAUUUUGAAAUUGGUAUAGGGUUUUUGUUCAUAGCAUAAGGACGUCUUUCAUUAAGACUGUAAAGUCUGUUUUGUGACAUCUUUUUUUUUUCCACAGACACUGCGAAAAUCUUUAGAAGCUGAUGAGUCCAUAAGAGAAAGCAUAGAGGCAGCUAGAAAGGUAUGCAACACUGUGAAGAAUACAGUCAUCUUUCCUGAGGCCAACAAGAUAUCUCUAGAAGAGCAAUCAAUUUAAAUUACAUACCUUAGCUUGGUCUUUUUACGCUGGUGAUGUAUUAUAGAUCUGUCCUGGGAUUAAAUUGGGUGAGAGUUUAGUAUGCCAAAUGAAUGCAUCUCAUUAUAUAGUUCUUCCCCAAAGAGCCUGGUCCCUUCUGAAUCUAUGGGCGUUAUAGUUAUCCUUUUAUUUACUUAUCUCAGCCAUUCCUGUGCAGACAUACUAAAAAUAAUAUACUGGUAAUUUAAUUAUGGGAAAAGAAAUUUUUGCUUUAUCCUGUUAAUGUGUCGUUUUCAGAGAUUAGAUCAAGAUAAUAAAGAACAAACAAAGACUAACAACAAUGACAGCUCUGACGAUGAUGAUGAUUGUGAAAUUGAAGAAGAGUUAGAAGGAGCCAAUGACAGUUUGAAUCUUCAUAAUGCUGCUGCACUUGAAAGGCUUCCACAGUUGACAAGCACACCCGGUGCCAGAAGUCAGAAAGUCGACAGUCCUUUACUCAAUAGUUCUGGUUUAGAAGAUACAAAUUUAAGGCCAUCAAGUAUUUCAAGAAGUAAUCACAGACCUUCUGAUGUUGUGGUAAACCAUGUUCAGGGUAAACACAGCCAAUCCGAGAAGACUAAGAGUGUGUCUGUGGCUCCUGAAGUCAGGGAGGGUGAGAGAAAACAUAGAAGUCAAAAGUACAGUAAUGUUCCAGAAACCCAUGCUGAGGAUUUGGUUGUUCUUAGCUUUUCAUCCUCUACAGGUCAGUCUGCUUGAUGAGUCUCAAUAGGCCAUUUGCACUAAGAGGUCAUGUGACAUCAUUUUUAUGAAAAUGAAAGUUAUAUGAUUUUGCCUUCAAAAAACCAUUAGUGGGUCAUAUCUUAAACAAAAUUAAUAGUAGUGACUUAGUUUUUUCAAACCCGCACCAUUUUCUUAAAAUAAGUAAGUUCAUAGCUGAUCACGUGACCAAAAUGUGGUUUUUAAAACUAUGAAUUAUCUCUUUUUGAACAGAAAUUUUGCACUUAAACUUCAACGAAAUUGUUGAAAAUAUGAUGUGGUAAUGUUUUCAGCACAUCCCAGCGUAACUAUCAAAGUUUUAACAAGAUAGAAGCAAAAAGUAGUUUUGGCUGCCAUGUUGGAGGGCAAGAGUAUGCCCUCCAACAUGACAGCUAACACAAAUCAUACUACUUUGUUGAAAAAUCAAAGUGCCAUAAAAUAUCUCCCUUAAAUGCGUUUCCUCUCAAAUUUCAGUCUAAGAUAAUUUUUAUGCGCUCCGUCAAUUUUUGGCAUCAGCUAGAUUCCAACUCAUUGUUUGAAGGAAGCAUUGGUUGCGUGACCUCUUAGUGCAAGUAGCCUAUUUAAGGUUAACCCUUUUAGUUCCAAGAGUGACCAACAUCAUUUUUCCCCCAACAAUCUCAAUACAUAAUUAAAAGAAAAGUUUAUGAGAAUAAAUAAAAUGAUCACCUAAGGGGAAAUUAUUUGAUCUUUGAACAAAUUCUCUCAACUUAUUCUUUAAGGAAAUGUAUGGAGAUCAGUUUGGAGAAUUUGUAUGUGGAUAUUGGGGCUUAGAGGGUUAAAGGGUAAAGGUCCUUAUUUUAUGUUAGUUACUCUUUUUACAACUGACAAACAUGAGACUGAUAGCAUGCUCAUUUAGCCGUUUAGCUCAUUCAGUGCUCGUUUUAAGGACUUCUUGAAGCUUCACGGAAAGGAAAGAAGUAGAAACACUUGGGAAGAACCUCAGAACCUCCCACACAGAAGACUGUACACUAAACCUCUGUGCUAAUCCUUGAGGAUUAUUUAUUGCAUACAUGAGUUUUUCAUGGGAUUUUAAGGGGUCUCUUACAAGAGUUUUGACAGUACAGUUACUGGUAUUAGUAACCCUUUACUAUGUCUACAUGUAGUUCUGUCAUGGUGAGGCUUACUUUUAAUAAUAAGCUGUGUGAAUUAAUUCUAAGGCCCGCUUGUUUGUUUUUAGUGAAAAGAAAAGAACGGACCCUCUCAGCAACACGGUAUGGAUUAUUAUUGUUUCAUUUUUAUGAUAAAAAUUAACUGGUUUUAUUUUUUAGGGACAUUAAAUGCUCAAAGUAACAUCACUAAUUAUUAAUUAAUUAUUAUUAAUCACUAAUUAUCACUAAUCAUCACUAAUUAUUGAUUAUUAAUCAUUGGGCAUUAAAUGCCCAAAGUGAUGUUACUGCCAGCAAUAGCAAGGUGUAUAUGAAGUGGGUAUCAUUUAAUAAGCCACUGGUAGGUUUAAAUCUGUUGUUUUAAGAUUGUACCUUAUAGCCGCAUACUUGCUUGAAUCCUUCUUUUUUUAAUUUCCCCUUCAGGCGAAAGAAAAAUGCAGAUGAGUAUGAUUCAGAGCUUUUGUCAUCCAAUCAUAGAGUGACUGCAGACACACAAAGACAAAAAAGGCAAGGCUUGUCAUAUUCUUUGACUAGUGCUUCUAUUACAGUAACUGCACUUCCCCUGACAACAAAAACACUUUUACACUCCUUAGUGUAAACAGUAUUUUGCAAAUUAACCUCAAAACAGUUUUCGAAACUUCAAUCGGAUUCAAACCCAGGUGCAGUGCUCUGCCAACAGAGCUGCAAAGAUCCAUACGCUGGGAGCAGGUCAAAUUGUUGAGUACAUUUUAACCUGUGAAAGGAAUGAAGCGAGAAAUGAAGUUCUUCAUUUAAAUUUGUAUUUCUGUGUUCCACAUCAUCUUAAAUUCAAAUCAUAGUGACUAAUAUUGGAACUAAUAUUGGAUUGAUUCCCUUUGUCUACAUGCUCAGGUUAGAAAAUGAAUCACAAUGUACAGAAGUGACCCUAACAUCCAGUAAGUAUCUAUCAUUUUAUUGUUUUGACUUUGAGCACACAGCUCAUAAUAAUUUUGUGCUCAUAAUAAUGUCUUAUACUUGUUAUCAUUUGUUAUCAUGUACAACCCUUAAUAAUACCACAAACAGAGGAAAUUAUUUCUGUAAAACUCAGAAAACCAUAAACACCUGAAAAACUUCAGGAAUGUUGAUUGUUGAGUGACCAAUCACAAUAAAGUUCAGGACUUGUGAGCAAGCCUCAAAAGCACAAACUAAUUACCAUUGCUGUUUGCAGUUGCGUUAUCUCACAUCUUAUCGGCUUUUUCCUCGCAACACAAUAACAUUCCAUAAAUAUUUCUGGUAUUCAUGGUUUUGUGCGUUUCAUGUAGACAUUUGAGCCUGGCUUUACUGGUCAUAGAAAAAUACAUGUACAUGUACGAUAAAUUGACCACACCGGAAAAAUUCACUUCCUAUUGAGUUCUGUCAUUUUCUGUCAUAGAACUUAUUAAAGUGAAAGCACUGUUUUGAACUUUGAUUUCAUGAAUCCUGGUUUGGAUGAUUUGAACCAUUUUCAGAUGUCAUUCUUUUUGUUGUAUUUUUAGAAAUGCAUCUUACAGGUGGUUACUGUAAUAACAAUGUAUUUUUAUCUCGCAUAUCACUUUUUUGUUAUUUUAUUUCGCAAGCUCCUGAGAAGAAAAGCAGGCCAUUAUCUGCUACAAGAAAAAGCAAACCUUCAUCAGACAAGAUGGAUGAUAAUACAGAAGAGAUCUUCAGAGCAAUGGCUGAAGAGAAUAAGUCAGUAGGUGAGAAAACAAUGUAGUAGUGCACUACCUCAUGUUAUCAUUCAUGCACAAAAAAGUAAUCUACGCAGGAUGAGAGUGGUUUCACUGCACUGGACGACCGUGUUUUUGCCAGUACAACUCCAUGGUAACAGGUUUACUGUCUUGGAGGAUUUUAACUGUACUGUACCGUUUAAGCUUCACGUAUAUGGCAAACAGCAUAUAUCAGAUUCAAGUUGAGAAUUUCUCAAAAUAGAAAAUGAGCAGAUAAAAACAGCUCAAAACAAUUCUUAUGGAUAAAAAAUUGUUUGAAACUACUAAUGUAGGUGUAGAAAUAAUAAACAGUCAACAACAAGUAAAGAAGAAACUUGGUCACAUGGCAUAAAUUCGCAUUUGCCGUUUGAGAUAAACAUGAUGCUUAUCCUCCCUAAUGAGUUUGGUCCCAUCUGCCUCUGUCAUAUAGCACAGGAUACAUGUAUGAUAGUUUUCCAGCCUGAGACCAUUUUGGUCACCAUGUUGAAAAGAAAUAAAUUUGGUGACUAAAAUACUAUUUGUCUGCUAAGAGUUGCAGUGAAGGUUGUCAAGUUAAGUUUUUAGCAAAAGUAAUGGAUUAAUAUAGUUUAUUUCAUUAAUUUACAGAAUCAAAAGCAUCUGGCUCCCAGACUGCUCCUGAAAGAUCAAAGGUAAGAAAGUACAAAUAUAUGUAUGUAUAGACUGUUCACAUUUUCCUUGCUUUCUGUAAGGUUGUUGAGAUCAAGCGCUUCCCAUUGUGGGCGGCCAUCUGGUUUUGAAUGUAUGGAGGGUGCAAACCCCUGGAUUUUUCUGAGGUGAAGGCCUGAAGAGGGAGAGGAGAAAAAUCGCCUCCUCCCAAACCAUCCCUGGUCCCCUAAGAAGAUUUUGAUAAUCAUCGCCAGUUUAGACUCAAACCAUCCCCGGUCCCCUAAGUAGAUUUUGAUAUUCAUAUUACCAGACUAGACUCAAAUCAUCGCCGGCCCCCUAAGUACCGUAGAUUUUGAUGUUCAUCACUAGUAGACUAGACUCGAACCAUCCCCGGCCCCCUAAGUUGAUUAUGAUAUUCAUAACCAGACUAGACUUAAACCAUCCCUGGCCCCCUAAGUAGAUUUUGAUAUUCAUCACUAGACUAGACUCAAACCAUCCCCGGCCCCCUAAGUAGAUUUUGAUAUUCAUUACCAGACUAGACUCUGCAUAUUUGAAGCCAAGAUGGCCGCCUGCAAGGGUAGAUGCUCGAUCCCGACAAUCUCAUAAAACAUUAGGGGACCUCCUAAAGAUCACCUGAAAAAAAACAACAGCAAACGUUAAAAAAUAACAACAACAAUGUCCUCUUUUCUCCGCAGCAGCACUUGAGCUCUACAUCAUCGCAGGUUAAAAGGCCUUCCUCAAUAUCAUCUUGCCCUCUGAAAACUGAUGAAACUAUUGCUCUUGUGACAGAAAAAGUUAGAAAAAUGGAUGCCAGGUUUGUAAGAAACGGAACAUGGAUUUCAAGUAGCAGUGAAUUUAAAGGCUGUGAAGACUUUUUAACUGUAAAGACGAAGAUCGCUUUCACUACCGUGGUCAGCCGCUCUGCAGAUUGCUUAAAACAAAAGAAACUUUUUACAUGAGAAAAGAGCCAAUCGCCACAGAUUUUUGUUUUAUACUUUUCAUUGUUUUUUGCACCAAUAUUGCCACCGUGACUUCAUGUAAAAACUAUCUACUGUAAAUAAUCUAAAAGAGAGGGACGGCUAAUACAAACAUAACAUCGUAGAGGGGGCUAGUGGGAUUUCCCAUUCCUUGAGCUGUAUUCCAGAUUCCAAAUCCCAGGAUCCAGGAUUCCGUAAGCACAAAUUUUCAGGAUUCCGUCAAAAUGUUGUUUGUUAUUCUCACUUGUAGACAACAGCAUCAUUUAAUAGGGCUCUUGGCAAAACUGGAAUGCAAGGCUCCUUUCAAAGGACCCAGUUCAACACCUGGCUCGCCACGACUUUCACCUAUGAAGGCCACAGUUCUAUUUACCUCAGUGGAAACUUCAACCACAUCUGAAGUGGAGCACUCAAAGGUACUGUCGAUGCAUACUAGUUACUCUGGUCAUUGUAAUUGUUUAAAGGGCAGUUUAGCUAACCAAGGGUUCAUUAACCAACAAAGGAAAUUUGGAUCAAUUUAGGUUUCUAGGAAAUUGCCCACCUACCCCUCCCCUAAUCCAACAUUUUGCCCUAAGUGAGAAGUAAGUGUUGAUGUUGACUUAGGAGAGGAGUAGGUGGGCAGUUUCCCAGAAACCUAAAUUGAUCGGGAAGUUUUUCAAAACGUUUCGGUCCUUUUGUUUUGAAGAAAGAGAUCUGAAUAAAUACCCCUAGAGAAGGCCUAUUUUCUGUCCGGUUGCCCGCUUGACGAAAUGGUGGUGAUGAUGAUACCUUUGGAUUAAGCAAGCUGUGAACCAUGGAAUUACAACAUUGUUGUCGUUGAAUGCACUUAAAUAAAAUUUAAUGCACUUAGUAACAAGGAGCACCAUCUCUUGUUGUCAGUCAGCGGUCAGUUUAGUUUUCCGUUUUCCGUUGGCGUAGGGACUCAUGCUUGGAAUAUGCAGGUUUGCCAGCCAUGGGGGUAUAACUCUAUUUAGGGGCUGGCUUCGAUGAGUGAAGGUUGUUGCAAGCCACUAAUUCCAAGACCAUUUGCUCUUGUCAGGAUUACAGCACAACUGAUAGCUUAGAUGCUGCGGAAGACAGUAAAGAAGAUGAAGGAACAGACGUCUACUUUGAGAUUCUUACAAACUGGGGAAACCCAAACUAUCUUGGGCUAACUGAGGUACUAUCCGACGUAAAGUGGUCACUUAGCUUGUGAAUAUUCGUUACAGAAUUGUUAACAUGUUACAAUAGAGCGUUUUCACUGACGUGGCCUACAGCUAUGCAAAUUUAUUGGAACAAAAAAAACCUUUUUACACAGGGAAAGGUUUAACUACACCGGAUUGGUUUGGAACAACAAAAUGUCCGCCGUUUCGUUGUUGUAGGACUCCAAUAUGGCUGACGUGACGUCAUGUGUUAACUCUCUAUACACAGUUUCUUCUUCAGAUUCAAAAUUUAUUUGAACUUCUUUUAUUCCACAGAUCCAGUUCUUCGAUUUAGAAGGGAAUCUUAUUCCAUAUGAUAGACACCAUGUCAGUAUCUCAGGGUGUGAUGGAGAGGAGGGUGAUCUUGGUAACCUGGCCAAUGGCAAAACAAAGGUACGCAUUGCAGAACUUUCAUUGGUUCAGUCAAAACUCCUAUGAGCCGCCCCCCUUCCCCUUCCCCCCGCCAAAAAAAUAUUUCACACCACUGAAAGUGGCUUUUAAUACCUUUUCCCUUCACGUUGACACCCCAAACGAGUUUUGUUCUGAAAUUAUGUAAAUCUAGAGCUCAGAAAAUAUUGAUAUAAGUAAUAUGGAGAGAUUUCAUUUGCUUGAGCAUUACACAUAGAUUGAAAGUAACAGUACUAAGUUGGAGAGUGACUUAUGAAAGAUGCCCCUUUGUAGGAACAUUUACUUAGUCUAACAACUAGUAAUAACCAAAGGUUUCAGAGUGCGGGCGACAAUGAUCGAAGUUCAAAAUGCUUUUGUUCUAAUGCUGUGCUUAUAGAAAGUCCAAGCGCGCGUGAAGUCCAAAGAAAUGCUGGCUACAUACAUGCGACGCAUGCGUAUUAACAACCUGGAGAUUAGGAUUGUGGUCUCCUCUUGUCGCCCGCAAAAACUAAAACUAAAAAAAAGCCAGUGAUCUCUUGCGUAGUCAGCAGAACUCAUCCUUUGUACAUUUUAGCCAGACGAGCAUAGUAUAAUGCGGCUUUUUAUCUUGGCGGCGAACGAUAAUUUGUGAAAUAAGCGCCCUGAAGUAACCUUUUAUCUAUUGUCUGUAUUGCUAGACAACCAAGGGUCGCUAUAUGUGGUCAUGUGGCUUCAAAAACAAGCGUCCAGUGGAAUUAGUCUUUCACUUGCCCAGUACUGCAGCUCUGAGUUCUGAGUCUCACGGACUUUCUAAAAUAACUGUAUGGAACUAUAAUAGGGGAAUUAAGGUGAGUAAGCAAAUCAAACCUGCAUUUCGUAAAAGUCCCAUAAGCCUUGUCCAGCUUGAAAGGUAUUAGGGAGCUUAAGCAACCAUAACUACGAAGACAACGACAACGUCAAAAAACAAUUGGUUUAUGCGCAAAUAACAGCACGCUUGUUACUACAUUUCUUUGAUGUCCUCUGCACGACUAUGGUAAAAAUACCUCCUAAAGCGACGUUUUAUGGAGGACGUAAACAUACGAUGACGAAUUUUCCUUUCUCUUUUUGAACCUGGUGAAAGUCCUUAAGAAUUGAACUCCAGGAAAAAUCGCUUACACUUGACAAAUUGAGCGGGUCCAAAUAGACUCUAUAAAGUUUGGAAGGACGCAAAUUUAUUUUUUAGCAACUUUUUCACUGCCAUCGUCGUCGUCGUUGGUUAAGCUCCCUAUUUUUUGUGAGUAGACCGGCUGCCAACAGAUUGAAAAAUGUUUGUGGUUCACAGGGUUAUAGUGCCACUGGGAGGUUGGAACUAGACAUACCGUAUGAAUCGGAAAGAAAAACAUGGUUUGGAGAGGACUACCCUGGGUACAAGGGGUUUCUGUAUUUUCGGUGUUGGCCGAAGGCCGACACAUCUUCGGCCCUUCGGCCGUAGGCCGAAGCUGCGAGAAAGGCUUUUCGCGCGGGUAACUAUAAAGACUUGACAGAAAACGGAAACCGCGUUAAAAACGUCUCUGGCACCCAGGGUAGGAAAGGACUCUAUUAACGUCAGAAUCUGAUAACGUUUCUGAUAGUUUAUCAUGUGCUAACUUUCAGAUGAAUUUCUUCCAUCAGGAGUUGAACGUAGGAGCUAAGGAUGUUCGAAUAUUUGUUGGAGGAGAGCUUGUAUGGGAAGGAGUUAUUGAUAAGGUGAGAACUGAGCCAGAUGGACAGAUAGUGAAGAAUUCGUUGUGGACAUGUAGGGGAGGGGGAGGGGUAGGUGAUUUACACUCCUUGAUAACAAUAGAGCAAAAGCUGAUAGAGACCAAGCAAAAUAUAGGACUGUAAGACUCCUUAUUAGGAAUCUUGAGCUAAGACGUUUUGAGCGAGGCACAUUUUGAGUUCUUGGGCGAUUUGGUCUUGCCCAGAAUUUUAGGCAAGUCGUCUCUAUACGAGUAAAGACACUUAGCAAUACAAAUUCGGUUACGUCAAGGCACAUUAGAAUGGACAAGGUCUCACUUCCGGUUGACGUGCGUCGCUCCAAAACGCCUGUGCCCAAGGUUUAUUUCCAACCCUGGGUCGUCUGCAUCGUUUGCAGCAAGGCCUGUCAUUGGCCUGUGAAUAUCCUUACCCUAUUGAAUUAGGAGCUGCCGGGGAAACGGAGUAAUAACGUUCCAUUUACUGGAGGAGACUGUAUUUGCAGCGUAGAUUUUAAGAGCUAUCAGGUUUGCUAGCGUCUAGCAAUACUUCGUUAUUACAUAAUACAGCGCAAGUAAGAAGUUUUAUGAAAUUGAUUGUUGCUUUUCUUUAGGGCUGCGGGAACCAAGUGUUUGAUUACUCCAAAGUCAUCAAUCUCACAAGCACAGAGCAUCUUGCUGAAGAAGAAAAAGACGUACCGCAGGUUUGAACUUAACUUCACUUUUUUUUUCUGUUCUGUGGCUUUCUAAUUGAGAAUAAGAGAGAAGUUGCUGCCUUUGUUUCCAGCCUUUCAUUUGUAAAGCUACGGCAAAAAAAAUUCUUUCGAAACAUUGCUGCAAUACUCGUUUACCACCCACAUUUAAACCUGUCCCCUGACAAAUGAGGUUGUUACAAGUUGGGUGAAUGCUGACUUCUGAUUGGAUAAAAUUAUGCGGGAGGCAUGCCAUUCACGGGAGUUCUCAUCACUUGCUUCAAAAAAAGUUUGCCCUGGUUCGAUACAACGCGCCACAUGUACAGAUUUUGUUAUUACUCUCUACUUUCCGCAACAACGUUAUCGUAACCUGCAACAACCUGAUCUGUGAUAUGUGUUCCCCUACCUGGGAAACACAUAUCCCUAGUGAUAUGUGUUCCCCUACCUAGGAAACACAUAUCCCUAGUGAUAUGUGUUCCCCUACCUGGGAAACACAUAUCCCUAGUGAUAUGUGUUCCCCCACCUGGGAAACACAUAUCCCUAGUGAUAUGUGUUCCCCCACCUGGGAAACACAUAUCCCUAGUGAUAUGUGUUCCCCUACCUGGGAAACACAUAUCCCUAGUGAUAUGUGUUCCCCCACCUGGGAAACACAUAUCCCUAGUGAUAUGUGUUCCCCCACCUCGGAAACACAUAUCCCUAGUGGUAUGUGUUCCCCCACCUGGGAAACACAUAUCCCUAGUGAUAUGUGUUCCCCCACCUGGAAAACACAUUUCCCUAGUGAUAUGUGUUCCCCUACCCCGGAAACACAUAUCCCUAGUGAUAUGUGUUCCCCCACCUGGGAAACACAUAUCCCUAGUGAUAUGUGUUCCCCCACCUGGGAAACACAUAUUUCUAAUGACAUGGGUUUUUCCCACCUGGGAAACACAUAUCCCAAGUGAUAAGUGUUCCCCUACCUGGGAAACACAUAUCCCUAGUGAUAUGUGUUCCUCUACCCGAGAAACACAUGUCCCUAGUGAUAUGUGUUCCCCCACCUGGGAAACACAUAUCCCUAGUGAUAUGUGUUCCCCUACCUGGGAAACGCAUAUCCUUAGUGAUAUGUGUUCCCCUUCCUGGGAAACACAUAUUCCUAGCGAUAUGUGUUCCCUACCUAGGAAACACAUACCCCUAGUGAUAUGUGUUCCCCUACCUGGGAAACAUAUCCCUAGUGAUAUGUGUUCCUCCACCUGGGAAACACAUAUUCCUAGUGAUAUGUGUUCCCCCACCUGGGAAACACAUAUCUCUAGUGAUAUUUGUUCCCCCACCUGGGAAACACAUAUUCCUAGUGAUAUGUGUUUCCCCACCUGGGAAACACAUAUCCCUAGUGAUCUGUGUUCCCCUAUCUGGGAAACACAUAUCCCUAGUGAUAUGUGUUCCCCCACCUGGGAAACACAUAUCCCUUGUGAUAUGUGUUCCCCUACCUGGGAAACACAUAUCCCUAGUGAUAUGUCUUCCCCUACCUGGGAAACACGGUAAACACAUAUCCCUAGUGAUAUGUGUUCCCCUACCCGGGAAACACAUAUCCCUAGUGAUCUGUGUUUCCCUACCUUUGAAACACAUAUCCUUAGUAAUAUGUGUUCCCUUACCUAGGAAACGCAUAUUCCUAUUUCAGUGAUAUUUGUUCGCCUUACCUGGGAAACAUAUAUCCCUUGUGAUUUGGGUUGCCCUUCCUGGGAAACGGAUAUUCCUAGUGAUAUGUGUCCCCCUAACUGGGAAACACAUAUCUUUAGUGAUAUGUGUUCCUCUACUCGGUAAACACAUUUCCCUAGUGAUACGUGUUCCCUUUCGUGGGAAACUCGUAUCACAAGUGAUAUGGGUUCCUCUACCUCUUAAACACAUAUUAGUUAUGUUUUUUGCUCUGAUGUGUUGGCACCAAUGUGGAGAGGGAAAUUGUUGAGUAGCUCUAAGGUUGAUUGUUAUACACCAUGACAAAAAGUCGAAAGCAAGAUUUUUUCCCCGCCAGUAGACACAACUACACCAAUAAGUAACUAAGAAUAUAUUUGGUAGUUGGAAAUAAUGGAAAUGGAAAGGAAAGCUUUAUUGAAAUACCACGAUUUCGAAGUGCUUACGUAUAAAAUACCCGCUAGACUUCAUGUAUGUGCUACAUAUCCCAGCCCUGGGUUAUUUUAUGUUGAAGAUGAAGGGUAAACAUAGACUUCUUGUAAGGGUAAGAUAAGAAGUGUUUCUUGUUUGAGGAGCAAUGGUAGCACAGUGGCGAGAGCACUCGUCUCCCACCAAUUGUGGCCCGACUUUUCCAAAUUCCAAUUUAAUUAGGAAUGGUAGACGAUGAACCAUUAUGUGGAUGUUGGCAACCUCUAAAUCCAUAUUUAUUUAUUUUGUUAUUUAUUUGUUCAUUUGAUGUAGGAGCCAGAGCCUAUAAUAAGAAGCGAAACUGUUGUAUUGAGAAGAUCAAGUGAACCAGAGACAGUGCCUAAAGACAGUCCUAAGGACCCUGCUGUACCUACACAAGUAGAGCAAGAUCAGUCUCAUGCAAGGAGCAAAACAGUACUGUUAAAACAGACAGCUCAGAGGAACUAUUUUGUUGAUGAACAGGAUGCAACGCAUAGCAGUUCAAAGCUUACAGACAGGGUUUUAAGGUAAACUGGAGUAACUAAGUUAAAAAAAGAAAGCGUUUUCAGAGAACGGAUCAAUUUUUACGACUCUACAAUUCUUGGGCUUAUCUUGUUGCAUUUUUAGGGCCUGGAGAGUAUUAAUCAGUCAAGAUUGUCCUGUAAAUAUCCACUCAAAUUUGUAAAGAUUAAGGGUCGAUUAUUUAAACGAAGCCUAACUUAAGCCGCGGUUUAACAAAUCUUUGCAGCUCAAGAUCUCUUCCUUUAGGCUUCUCUUUUCCUUUAGGCAAAUUGAAAAUGGCUUAGAACGCGGUGUUGUUAAACACUGGCUAAACUCCGUUUAAAUAACUGGCCUUAAGUGUCUACGGUAAAACGGGUAACAAAAAUGUGCAACUCGUUUUGUAACAUCGCUGCAAAACGAUUUGAAUAACGAUGUUGCGCGUUUUACCACCACAAAUCGAACCUGUCUUGCAACAAAUCAGGGGCCCGUUUCUCGAAAGUCUCGGUACCUUUUCGGGCGCGGAAGCUGUUUUGUGUUGCUCUGUUUUCAUUCAAGAUGAAAGUUUCAAUAAUUUUGAAAAUAAUGCAAUGAAACUAUUACUGAACGAUGCAAAAUCGACUGGUUUGUGGGCAAGGAACUGUGCUUUUGAUUUUAAAAUUUGCCCCCGGGCCCGAAAGUUUCCGGGCGUUUCGAGAAACAGGGCCCAGGUCGUUGCAAGUUGAGUGAAUACUGACUUUUUAUUGGAUCAAAUUACGCGGGAGUCACGCCGUACACGGGAGUUUUACAUCACUAGCUGCACAACAAGUUUGCCUUGGGCCGGUAAAACGCGCAUCAUGUACAGAUUUUGUUGCAAAAAUUAGAACUACUCUCUACAGGCACUUUCUGCAACAAAUUUUCGCAACCUGCCUAACUUGAGUUGUUGCAAGACAGUUUUGAACGUGGCUAGCAAAACGCGCGACGUCGCUAUUCAACUCGUUUUGCGGCAAUGUUGCAAAACAAUUUGCACGUUUUUGUUGCCCCGUUUUACCGCACCAUAGACGCUUUGUAUUUCUAGGAAAACACCUUCACCCCAGAAACCAAAAAGACCAUUCUCGAUCGGCUCCACUUCGUUUAGAUUAAUAUUGUUUACCUCCUUUUCUUCUUCCAGAGGAGAUAAAGAACACAUUCGCUCAGAGGAGCCUCACAAAAUCCCAAAGCCUCCAGAAUCGCCUAGAACACAUUCCCGAUCACCUAGAUUUUCCCAAAGAAAGGCGUCAGCCGACGAGAAUAAACUGUCAACUGAACAUAUGGUAGAAAAAGACAGGUAAAAAGUAGCGUAGCAUCGCAUUUGGUGAUACUGUGCUGUUGACCCCGUCUCCCCUUGUGGUUACCUUGGCUUUUAAUAAAAAAAGUCACCACGUUACGCUUCCUUCAAUUACCAUUCUACUACAGCUGUUAUAGUCAUCGUACAAUAAGGUAAAAAACUCCAAACUGUUUGUGUUUGGUCUCUUUGUAGAUUAAAAGAAAAAGCCUUGAAGAGUCUUUUGGCAUCAGAAUCGUCAUCCAUAAGACGUAGUGAUCGUUUAGCCUUGUCUACCAGGUAGGAAAUCUUUGGGGCCAGCAGCUCGAAAGACGGUUACGUUUAAGCCAGGGUUAAGCCAAUUUUUAAGCUGAGUUUUGUUAUCUGGGUUCUCUCUUCAGUCUGUUUGUUCCCUUUCGACCAGGAGUGUUUUAAAAGGCUUGCGUUGAUUUGCUUUCGUUUUCGCAGGGCUUUAAAAAAUAAAAUGAAACUGUGCCUACGGAAUCUGACAACCUAACAGUUGAGCCCGCUAAUGGGUAAAACAGCGCAUGCCUUAUGGUGCAUGCGCAAAGAGAGCAGAUCAGAUGAACAAAUGUGAACAGAACUGCCAUUAUGGAACUCUUUAUAGUCGUAAAGAACUCGUUGCGUUUGUCCAUUUCAGUCGUUAGUUUCGUUGUUUCCUUGUGAUUUCAACAUUAAAAUCGAUUUCACUGUACCCCUCCUCUUCAAAAUAAGAUAAACGCCUUUCUGAAGCCUGCUGUACUUUACAUUUUGGGUGUUUAUCCUCUACAUUUCUCUAUUGUACUUUCGUUUUUUUCCUACUGUCUGAUGUGAUGACCAUAUUUGUAUUUGUGGUGCUUUGCUCGUCUUCAGGUCUUCAUCAACUCCAAACCUUUCAUCUUCUCAAGCCCUUGAGAGUUCAGAGCCGACUAAUGAUUCUUUAAGGUAAAAAGGCUGUUCGUAUGUUAGAGUUGUUCGCCUUUGAAUGACAUGUUAAACGUCAUGUUGAAUAUCGCUAUUGAUUCGCAACUGCAUUGUUACCAUUGGCUAAAAGAAAUUCGCACCGCAUUUUCGGCCAAUCAUAUGUAGAACCAAACUAAUUGUCCUUUGCAGAUCCCCUUUUUCCCGCGCUUUUGUGCCGGCCACACGAUGCUUCUUGGAUUGUGCGUAUAUAUGUUGUGAUUCAGUUUUGUUUGACCAAUCACCUUCUACAUGUAUUCGAAUUUUUCUUUUCUGUCAGAGGUAACUCUGCUGCUGGUUCUGUGUUACCAAGCAGACCGCCCUGGUUGGAGUCAAGUAAGAAAAAAGACAAACAUAGGUAAGAUGACGCACCUUAUGUUACGUCGGUAACUCGUAACUGUACUCACAUGUAAACUUACCAAACUGGGGCCGACUAUGAGCUCAUCUACCCCCCUCUCCCCUCCCCUCUCUCCAUCAGUUCUCCGUUUUACGUAUUUUUUUAAAGCUACACAAAAAGGAAAGAAGUCGAAAAGAUGGUUUAAGGGUAACAACUGGGAGUAAAGACGUUUUUGUGCGACACACGUCAACCGGAAGCAGGACAAAUUUGGAAUCGUCAAGACAAAUUAAAAGGGAAAAGGCCUCAAUUUCCGGUUGACGUGCGUCGCCUUAAAACGCCUUUGCUUAAGCUCCCAAUUACUAACUGAAACCUUAGCCUGAAACUCAGGUCAUAUAUGUAUUCCUGAGACUCGAUAAAGCGACUCAACGGACCAAACUACAACUCAGCUUUGAAGCUUUUUUUCAUCUUAAAAGGUCAAUUCUUGUUUCGUUUUCUUGCUAGUUCUCCAUCGCGCUCUUCUUCACGGUCCAAAUCCAGACCUAUCUGGCUUGAGGAUGAGACAGGUAAGUGGACAGUAUUAAAUUAGCUUGAGAAAGCAAAGUAUUUAUCUGUAACGUGAAGUUAACAACUGAUAGCGUGAGAAAACAGCCUACAUUUCGCGACACCACGUUUGCUUUCCCCUCAAAAAGACUUCUGAGGAACAAACGCAGAAAUUCCAUAGUGAUGACGUUUCACUACCCAGUUCUGGGUAGUACUUCUGAUUUGUCGUGUCGUGAGGGAAAUUUGCUCAGCCAAUCAGAGGCACUACCCAGAUCGUUCCUCAGCGGUCAUUUCGUGGGAAAACAAGUGGUGGCGUCGCCAGAUGUUGGCUGUUUUCUCAGACUAACAGUUACCUUUAAGUUACAGAUAAAUAGUUUUCACAUGAUUUGUACCCCUGAUAGUGAUAGCAUUUUUGGUUCCUUUUUCACCUCUUUUAGUUGGGUUUUGUAUUGCAUUAAUUUGGAAUAAAUGUACGAUUACACGAAUGAAGUUGAAAAGUGGCCGUUCAGGUUAAUAUUGUAAGGUAACCACUACCGCAGGAAAAUGCUGCUCUGCAGUCACCAUUUGCCUGGUCAAACUUUAAGAGUUCCCACAGACUCUCAAGUUGAAACAGUCUUGCCUAGCGUAAUAAGUGGUACUUUACGAAUGCGCACAUUCUUUUUCAAAAUCACACCCGUUGAGCAACUUGUUAAACACGAGGAGAGUGUUUCAUUAGGAUAUAAAAACAACGAUAAGCCUGUUGAAACAACGUACGGUAGAACAGUUUUCAAUACUGGAAUCUUGGCAAUAAUCUUGUUAAGAAUUACUACGAGAAUCUUGGGAAGAAUCUUGGCAAGAUUUACUACAGGAAUCUUGGCAAGAAUCUUGGUAAGAUUUUCGACAGGAAUCAUGGCAAGAAUCUUGGAAAGAUUUAUUACGGGAGGAUUCUUGCCAAGUUUGCCCUAGUAAAUCUUGGUAAGAAUUACCACGCGUAACUCAGAUGAAAUCAUCUUUUGAGUGUUAAACGAGCUUGUCCAGUAGCAUUUGCUGUUUCAGGCGUUCGAAUAUUGAAAAGCAUAGCUUAUAGAAUUGUACUUGAACUAGUGGAGGCAGCGUGACCGAGCGACAGAGUUGGAAAUCCCAACUUGCUUUAACAGUGUUCAAUUCUUUUUCUAUAGCUGUUGUGGAAGAAAGAAGUAGUAGUGCAACAGAUGUGCGGAGUUCAUCAGAUCUCUUCAGGAAUGAACCAUCGACUGGGCGUAGAUCCAGUACCCCCAGUGUCAGCAAUGAAGCGGCAGAGCCUUGGCCGAGUGAAUUUGUCAGCAAGUAAGUAAAAUGCCUUUCUCAAAGAAGUUUGGAAAUUGUUAGUUAAGAAAAUCUCGACUGUUUAUCUGCGUGCGUGUGUUUGUUUUGUUUGUUUGUCUCUUGAUUUGAUUUGCAGUUUUUUUCAUGUAAUUCUUGAUUGGCCACAUAAAAUGAUAUGCUUUCUAACAGGCCAUUUGCAUGAUGGCGACAUUUUGCUAACGAGCAGAAUCUUUUCGCUUUUCCUUUCAUAUUUAAAUUUGAUAAUCCCAAUGAGGUUUAAAUAACAAAAGCCCCAAUUUGCACAAGAAAGCAAAACCCUGGAGGAUUCUGUUCAUAGAAGUAAAAUGACGUCCUUGUGCAAAUGGCCUAUAGCUCACUUCGGAAAAGAGUGAUGGCCUGGGACCCAAUCUAGGCGCGCGCACGGUUAAGGGAUUAUUUGGAGGGACGCGAAUGUAAACAAAAAUGGCGGAAAGCGAAGUGGAAUGUUUCAGCGUUGUUAAAGGAGCUCAAUAUAGCAAAACGGAAGGUAGAAUUGAAAGAAAAAAGAACAAAAAUGUGAAGCUGAAGGGAAAAAUGUACCUGGGAGAAUUUUACCCCGAGAAAAACCAGGAGAAUACACCGUGAAACAGCUUCAGAGAUGGGUUCUUUGCCGUGGAGCCAAAACAACGGGAAAGAAAACGCAGCUCGUAUAAAGGUAAGUACGCGCGGACCGGGAAGUUCCUGAAGUUACUGGUGCACAAAACAACUUGCGACAAAAUGUCUCGUCAUAAUUCAAGGUGACUGCUCGACUUGUCCCCCAAAACAAUCCCAUAAAUGAGCGCGCGCUUAGUUUGGGUCCCAGGUUCACACUCUUUUCCGAAGUGAGCUAUAGACCUUUCCCGCAUUACGCUCUAGUGAGCAAAUAAUUAUAAAGAAAUAAGGAGGAGGCUCGGGUGGACAAUUUCCUACAAAUCACUGUAUUUUGUUCACCCGAGCCUCGACUUGAUGCGUUUGUUUACUGGAAUGCAGGAAAGGUCUAUUGACUUAGUAUGAAAGAACGUUUUCUUUACGUUCAGUGUUUUAUCUUCUAUCGAAUACAGGGAUGAAGCCUUACCCACAUGUCUGGAUGACACAACCGAACAUACAGUAAGUUCUCUCUUUGUCUUUCUUUCCCCUCUUCAUCCCUACUUCUUUUGUUCUUGGCUAGUUUUCUUGCUAGCGUACACAUCACUGUUUUCACAUUAAGCGCGCACACUUGGUUUUGAAAAUUGCCUGUGCUGACAAGAUUUAAUAGCAGCGGUUAAUGCUUUUAAAAAGACUCAUAAGUGCGCAGGAAAAGUGCGCAGUUUUUUCAACCAGGCGAUUUGUAAGUAAAAUCAAUCGUUCCUUGUUUAGAAGCACCAAUCGAAACUUGCUUGCUUGCUUAAAUACUUGGUUGUAUUAAGAUAAUAGAGUGUGGAACCAGGGGUACGAAAUGCGAAUGACUUGGUCAGAAACUGGCCAUUUGAAUGAUCGUGUACACCGAGGACGGCACUAUUAGAUAACGAGAUUUGACUUGAAGUUGUCUUCGCAUAUUCUCGAAAAAUAGACACCCACCUCACAUUUUACUUUAUCUAUGAGAAUAGUUAACACGGUUAUUUUUGAUAAAGGAGUUUAAGCCCUCUCCCGAUCGCAAAAUGAUAGAACUUCUUACAUUUGAUAACUUUUUUCCGCCACUUCAACAUUUUCGCUAAAACCCGUUGUAAAAUUAAGAAGGCUAUCCCGUUUUCAUCCAAAAAUAACGGUGGUUUAUAAUCUCUUUACCAGAUCUCUUGUCAACGUAGCCGAAGGCCUCCUCGUCAAGAGAUCUGGGCUCGAGAUUAGCUUGUUCACGCACGCGCACCACUUAGUAUUGAGAAAAUCUCGCUCGAAUAGUCGUCCUCGUCCAUGCGAGAGGCAUGGAGAAUUACACUGUGUGACUGAAAAGUAAAGCUUUCUCUCCUGAUAGUAUUUUGAAUACUUGUUGUUGCAGGAGAAAAGAAGUCAGAGUGGGUUAGGAAGGAGACACGAGGAAAUUAAAGAAGUUAGCGACCCUGCUAAAGAUGAAACCACUUCAUCUCAUGACGCUAAGACAGCCAGAGCUACGUGGCGAAAGUAUGCAAUACAUGUACUAAUAUCGAAAUCUGAAUCUCUUCUCCUAAUUCCGUCUGUCAUACUUGACCUACUACCCUGAGUGCCCCUCUUAAUGGGAUAAGGCGUGGUGGAGGCUCAUUCUGAACCUCAGGCUUAUUAUUAGCUGUGCCUCUAAAAAAAGACGUUGGAAGUAGGCCAAAAUCCGCAGGCUAGAUCGUUAAUUUUUCAUUUUUAGCUGAGUUCAGGUGCUUAUUUGGAAGUGGGAUGCUUUUUCAGUUCCAAUGCGCUGAGUCGAAGAUUUAUGAGGGUAAGAAAGUAAGGGUUCUAGUCGACAUAGCCUAUCCGUGCACGGUUUUUUGUCGAGCGUGCGAGUAAAGCGUGCGUGUGAGAACGAGCGUAAAACGCGAGAAAAAAUGAACAAAGCAAUACACACCCCACGGUCUCUAAAGAGAAGGUAGAUGGUCUGUGAUCAGGCCCAGUUGACAAUAAGAAGAUAAACUGCUUUUUGCGCCAAUUUUUGUAGGCAGCAGAACUUGAGUUUAGAAGAAUCGUGGAGUUUACUCAGCUUAUUUGAAAAGUCGCAGAAAGGCCGCAUCACAAAGGACCUUGAUCUGUCACGCCAUGGUAAGUCAAAGUAUCGUCCAAUUGGAAGGUUUUCAACUGGGCAUCGUAAAAUCAAAAUGAAUACAGAUAAACUAGUCUGGUUAAUCACGUAACUCACAACAAGGGCAUACACUCCAAAGGAACCAAUAAGAAUUCAAAGUAAUCGCAAGAGCAAGCGCUUAGCGCGGGAAAACUUUCACCAGCAAGUUGCUUCUUAUUGGUCGAUAAAGUAGAUCACAUGACUUACAAGAGGGCACGCAAUCCAAGGAACCAAUUAUAAUUAAAAAAUCGCAGACAGCAAGUAUUAAGGUUGAGCAAGUUGCCUCUUAUUGGUCGAUUAAGUAGAUCACGUGACUUACAUCAGGGCAGACAAUCCAAGGAACCAAUCAGAAUUCAAAGCAAUCGCGCACAUCAGGCGACAACCGCGGGAAAACGUUCGCUAGCAAGUUGCCUCUUAUUGGUCGACAAAGUAAUUUAACAUUUGUGAGACAGUCACAAACUUAGCAAUACGCAACACAAAACAUUCACGAAAUUACUUGCCUCUUUAAUUCAAACUAAGUGAAUCACUUGGUAUUAUAUGUGCCUAAUCUCUUAACUGGAGUUCCUGUGAAAGUGGACCUUGGAUGAUUUUCUUUUCUCAGGUGAUGCCCUCGAUGUAUUGUUGUGCAGAAAAGAAGAAACCUUGGAGUCGGUGGUAGGACAGACCAACAAAUCGGACGAGAGGUCAGUUAUUGUUCAGGCUGGGAAAUUUUUAAGUUACAAUUGACUGUAUCGGUCAUGUCUUGCCUAGUGCCUGUACUGCGUCUUCCCAGGCCGUCUCGGUUAAUGCAUUGUGGUGACGUAUCCCGGACGAACAAAAACUCGCUCGGACCAUGUGACUCGAAAAGCUUCGCCCGUGCACAAUAAUGAGGCCUAGGUACUGGGCAAGGUCAUGUCCAAUUCUUUGGGCUAACGUCUUAAAAGAAUGGUUGGAAGUACCAUUCGCCUGAGAAUGUUCGGUUUAUCGAGCUCAACUUUUUAUUCAUAGAUGUGAACACAGAAUGAUAUGCAUUUGUUAAGAAUGAGGCGAAAAAUUCACCUAUUUGAGCCCUGGGUGUUAUACACUGCAAGGGCAGAUCAGAUCGUUCACGGAGAAGUGUUCCCCAAGCAAGCAAAGACGUUAUAGAGCCGGCCAUGCAUGUUAACCGGAAGUAGACUUUUCCCAUUUUUGGGCGGUUUUACCUAAUUGUUUUUUCUAAUUUUUUUGGGAAUACGUGCCUUUAUGAGCGAAGAUACUGAGCAGUGCAAAUUUGGUAAAGUCAACGCUCAUUAAUAGGGAAAAGGCCUCACUUCUGGUGGACUUGCGUCGCUCAAAAACGUCUUUGCUUAAACUCUCUAUUGUAACUGCGUAUUCUUUACGUUGGGACAUACGUCACGUAGGAGUGAGAGGUAGAUAUCAGACCAAAGAAGCUAUUAGAGAGGAAGCGGGGCUCUUGAAAAUUCAAAGGGCACAGACGGCAAAUUUCUGUUAACCGAAAUACUUUUUAGUCAUAAAUGUUCAUCAGUGGGAUGUCUAAAAUGUUUUCAUCUCUUCAUUUGGUCCCGGCACCCUUAAAUCCUGUACCAAUUAUAGCAUAUUUUAAGAGGAGUCACCCACAAUCUGAACGCAGUUAGUGGCAAGGCAUAAUAGUAGGAAAACAGUCUAAAGAAAAUGUAAUGCGUUAAAUAAUGAGACAAAUCCACACAUCAGUUAAAUAAAGCGCGCGCACAUGAAACAAAACAAGCGCGAAAUUUAGUAGCAUAGACGCUUAGCUGCGCGUUGCUUUAAUAAGCUGAUUUACUUUUCAGUGGCUUAAUUGAUUUGGAAAUCCCCACACUUCCCAAAGGAAAACAGCUGGUUAUUAACAUCAGGAACACGUGGGGAGAUAGGCAUUAUGUUGGGCUCAAUGGUAUUGAAGUGUUCACAGACUGUGGAAAACCUGCAGAAAUCGUAGAGGUAAGUGAUAUUGUAAAAGUGAGGUGCUGCGCUUAUUCCUUAAGCCUCCCUUAAGGCCAAUCUAAGGUAACUACAACUGCGCCGUGUCUUUACUUUUGACAUCCAACGUUUCAGUAGAGUCAACUUGGUUUGCUCACACUCGUUUUCCCGCGCUUUCUUGGCGUGCUGAUUGGUUCAUUAAGUGGUGUGUGUCAAAUGUGAAUGCCUAACGUAUUUCGUUUUCUAGAACAAGUUAUGACUUGCUCACACACGUUUUCCCGUGCUUUCUUCGUGUUCUGAUUGGUUCAUGAAGUUGUCUGAUUGGCCAACGUAUUUUCCUUGGGUUUGUUUUCUCGGUCGUCAGGUGAAAACCGUUUCAAGUUAAAGCAAUAAAUUUGCACUAAUUUCAACAUGUUGAUUAAGAAUGGAUUGUUUUUUCCCCUCAGAUUACUGCUGAUCCGCCAGACAUUAAUGUUCUUCCAGAGUAUGGAAAUGACCCUAGAGUAGUAACCAAUCUAAUUGACGGAGUUUAUCGGACCAGGUAUGAAAUGACUACGAUAUUUUACACACACUGACUGUCCACAUUCAACUGGAAAAAAAUUAAUUUAAAAGAGCUGCGUCACGACUAUCUAGUUCUUUUUGUUAACCCUUUUUAAGAGCUCCAACAUCCACAUUCAAAUUCUCCAGACUGAUCUCCAUACAUUUCUUUUAAGAACAGUUGAGAGAAUUUGGUUUAAGAUCAAAGCGUUCUCCCUUUGGUAAUCAGUUCAGUAAUUCUCAUAACCUUUACUCUUGAUGAUCUGCUGAUGUUGUUAGGAGAAAAUUGAUGUUGGUCACGCUUGGGACCUUAAGGGUUAAUAGUCCCAAUUAUGCGUCCUUAUUCGCUAUGGAACUUGAGAAAUCACUUGUCAAUGACAAAAUCACAGCUUUGUGUCAAACAAAUAUGUCUCCUGUCUCAUAUGAAACCUUACAAACAACAAAAAUGAACUUUGAAAAACUGUUAAGCUUACAAGUUUUCAAAAACCACAAUCGCAAUCCGUUUCAAUCUUUUUCAAGUUUGUCCAUCCGUGCCCUCGUUUGUAUUUGCUGUGUUAUUUACACAUUCUUUUCAUGUUUUGAGCGGUUACUGUGGAUCGGAUCAUUAUACGUUUCUGGGAAACUACCCAUCUACCCCUCCCCCUCCCCCAAGUCAACAUUAACACUUACUUUCUCUUAGGGCAAAAUGUUGGCUUUAGGGAGGGGUAGGUGGGCAGUUUAUACGUUUCUGGGAAACUGCGUCACUUUUCGUCAGUUUGGUGGCAUUUCCGACUGUUUGAAUUUUGACAAAUUUAGUUACACCGCUCCUUUAAGGUGAUGUUACGCUAGACGAUUCGCAACAACGAUUUUUAGCGCUACACAUCGUUGCAAUGUUGGAACAAUGUUGUAACUAUUCGAAACAAUGUCGUAGCAACACUGUGUUGCGCUAAAAAUCGUCGUCGCGAAUUGUCCCGCCUAACAUCACCCUUACUGUUCGUCAGGUUGGUUGUAGUUCCCACUGUUUGAAGUUUGAUAAAACACAGCCUUGCAACAUUUUUGCUUCAUUGUUUCGAAUUGUUCCAACAUUGCAACGCUGUGUUGCGCUAUAAAUCUCGUUGCGAAUCGUCCCGUUCAUCAUCACUUUAAAGACGAUUAUUUUUUUUCAUUUAUCAGGGAUGACAUGCACCUGUGGUUAGCACCAUUUACACCAGGAGGCAAACACACCAUCACCAUCACUCUUGCAGAAAGCCUAAGAAUCGCCAUGAUCAGAAUAUGGGUAUCAUUAUUUCUUUUUAUUCGUUAGACCAAAGUGAUACUUAUCCUUUGCGUUUGUUCUUGUGCACCAUUUGUCAAAACUGUAUGGCGAGGCCGUUCACUUGGUGAACAGUAUCUGGCAUUUUGUGGUUGACCUGCACCCAUCCAAACGUCUUAUUUCAUUGGUCCCUAUAACCUGCACUCCCUUUUGUUUUCAGGGAUAGAGGCAUCGUUAUGUCACCAUCCCUAUUGUUUUCCCAGCCAAUCACAAACCUUGUUCGGAAUAGGUGCAGGUCGGCCCGCAUUUUGGAGAAAUUGUACUUUUAAACCCUUUCAUAACCUGUGAGAGGCCUAAGGCCUCUGAUUAUCAAAAUCAUAAUCAUUAUCAUUAUCUUAAUCAUGAUUAUUAUCAUUGUCGUUAUCAUUAUCAUAAUUACAAUGUUUAUCAUUUUCAUUAUCAUAAUCACUAUCUUUAUUUCUAUCAUUAUCAUAAUCAUUAUCAAAAUCGUCAUUAUCAUUAUCAUAACAAUUAUCGUAAUCAUUAUCAUAAUUAUUAUCAUGAUCAUUAUCAUAAUCAUUAUCAUAAUUAUUUUCAUUUUCAUUAUUAUUAUUACCAUUAUCGUUGAUAAAUUAUUAUUUUCUGUUAUUUAUUAUUAUUAUUAUUAUUAUUAUUGUUAUUUUAAAUAUAUUUUGCUUUUGCCACAAACUAUAAACUCUCCACAGUUAAUCCUUCAUUACAUUACGUCUGACCAUUUGUAGCCACCAAGAGAACAACUUGCAUCAUUGUUAUAGUUUUCUAUUAUAUUGUUAAUCAGCCCCCUGACACAAUGAUCAUCACUUUUCUCUUGUUAGAAUUACAAUAAAUCAAGAAUCCAUUCUUUUCGAGGAGUGCGGUGUGUUGAUAUCACCCUGGACGAGAGCCUGAUAUUCCACGGAGAGAUUGCAAGGUACUGUAUCGCUUAUCUUUAAAGCUGCAAAUAUCUUUUUCACCAAUUACAAAUAUCGACAAGGUCUUCAAAAAACUGUGAUGAGGAAUUCUGGGCGCCAGUUUGUCGGCUAAUUUUCAGGUGUUUGGUCGCCAUCGUGGGAAAUUUAGGCACCAUUUCAUACCCUGCAGCGAAGGGGGACAUGAAAUGGCGACACUGCCUUGGAGACUCCUCUCUCCGUCUCGUAAUUCAUAAGGUUAAAAAGUAUUGGGCUCAGGCGUAAGACAAAGGGUUAGUCUCGGCGUCUCGUCCUACAAAGUCUGCAAUUACUAAUUACCAAUCUUUAUUUAUGACUAAACGCGCUCGUCACAUACCAACCGAAACGUUUGAUCCGUCUUUUUGAGCCCUUGAUCAAUUACCCAGAACCGCUUGCGAGUCUAGCGUCUUUCAUAUAUUUCGUAAUUUUUUUGUUGAAAUUAAUUCCUUUCGAAGAUACAUCCUCGGGUUUUUUUCGAUGACAAUACUCAAGUUCUGUUGCAUUUUCAAUAACAAGACACUUUUUUAGUAAGGGUUACUGCAUUCUAUAUAUUUACGCAGUUUCUAUCAUUGCACACAUUACACAUGUCCUUAAAAUGUUGUAACAUUUUGCAAUUAUUGGAAGCUACGCAUUUUGUAAUCAGGAUUGCUUUUUUUGCAAUAAUAGUUUUUCUACGUUACUUGUAAAAAACGGCCUGAUGCAAAUUGUAAAAAAUUUGUUCACGAGUUAAAACGAGGUUAGCCUUCUUGUAAGAAAACAAUUCUAUGGUAAUUAUCACCAUCAAAUCGGUUAAAUAAGUGGAACAAAGGAUCUUGAUAAAUGUAACAUGACAUUUUCAUAAAUACAUGAUCAUGUUUUUUCUUAUCAUCAGUGAGUAGUAAACAUUUGCGUAUUUCAGGAGUUACCGAAAACAAAAGUCAUCUCAAGCCAGUAAACUGCUCCAGAUGUCUUAAGAACCCUACGAAUUUUUUAUGGAUAUAUCUCAUUUUAAAAUCGAUAAUAAUAAACUAGGGGCAUGUUAUGACAAGCUGCGUGCAGCUGUAAAAAUCGGCGGGAGCAGGUUAAAGGAUAAAACGUGACAGUUGUGUGCAGUCGAUGUCGUAUAGGUUCAGCAAAGUUUGCCAUGUCUGCCCACUCUUGCUCUAGACUGUUGGACCAGUUCGUAAGACUUCUUCGAGCUGAUAAGGAAUUUGCGUUAGGUCUCUGUGUUUUGCACGCGCUGUUUUCCCCACUGGCAGCUCUUGGAAAUCUGUUAGUUAUCUACGCAUUGUGGAAAGCCUCAUCGAUACCCGCCAAUGCCAAGAAAAUGUUUUUGAGCCUUGCCGUCUCCGAUAUCGCCGUGGGAAUGUUGUCCCAACCAGCGACUGCUGCUGUCAUUGCAGUGAUGUUAAAAAUGUCAUCGACUGAUGACUUUCUCGGUUUCGACUCAUUCUGUCCAACCAUUUUACUUUCCUUGUAUUUCGCAAUCGCCCUCCCCGGUUUUGCGACAUUUCUGAAUAUAACCGCCAUUGCUGUGGACAGACUUCUUUCUAUUUUCCUCCAUCUCCGAUACCAAGAACUUGUCACUUCAAAACGUGUCACUUUGGCCCUAGUAUCCCUAUGGUUAACAAGCGCCGUCUCUGCCUCUAUAUACAUUUCAAUCCCGCGAGGCAAUGAUGUAGCAACUGCAAUAUUGUUAUUUGUUGGUCUUGUGUUGACGACUGCGGCAUACGUGUAUAUUUUUAAAGUCGUACGGCAUCACCGAAAUCAAAUAUCACGCGAACAUCAGAUACAAAAUGGCCCAGCUGAGGAGUUAUUACGACAAAAGAAGGUCGCUUAUAAUGCCUUUUUUGUGUUCGUUGUUUUCCUGGUUUGUUAUCUUCCAUAUUGUACGUCUGAAAUUGUGUUUAUAACUAACGAUAGUCUGCAAAAUAUUAAAGCUAAAGCGUCCUCACUUUUCCUUGUUAUGCUAAAUUGUACUUUAAAUCCCUUUAUUUACUGUUGGCGAUAUCGAGAAAUACGUCGAAUUAUUAAAAGUACUUUGAGGAAAUUAUUGUGCAUGAACGGGGACGACUCAUGAAGUGUGAAAAAAAAAACAUCUGCCAAUAUGAAUUUUGUAAGCCAAGAGACAUUUUCUCAUUUUAAUAGACUUUUAUUUGAGGGCUUUGGAAGUUAUAUAAUCUAUCCAUUGUUGUAAGUGGUAUACUGUAACUGCUUCUAGCCUUCCAAUGUGUCUUCGUCUUUCAGGAGUACUGUACGUGCAAUUUGAGAGAAUAAGUUAUGUAGAUUUGGCAUUUACUUGGCGCAAAGAGGAACCUAGGUCUUGUUUUGUUGAGAGUAUAAGCGAACUUCAGCAAAUAGUAUCUGCGCAGUAAUAUGUAAGGGUUAGAGACUGAGAUAGAGAGAGUUUAUCAGCAAAUAAACACGCUCGCUGGACAAAGAAUUUAUCGAACUCGUUUGUUUCAUUCAGGCAGUUUAAUGGAUAGAGGUUUUCCAACCUGUUUGUACUUCGUGUAUCACAAAUCAAGAUCAGGGGCCCGUUUCUCGAAAGUCCCGGUAACUUUACGGGCCCGAAAUCGAAAAUUCAAAUCGAAAUAUAAAGAAUAAGAGGGCGGGUCCUGGCUAGCAAACUAUUCCAUUUAGUUUCAUUAACUGACAGUUUUAUCAUGUUAGAUGCAAAACUAUUGAAACGUCGAUCUUUAAUGUAAACGGAGACAGCUUACCGGGCCCGUUAAUUAUCGGGACUUUCGAGAAACGGGCCCCUGGACCGAUAAGUUCUGUUCGUACGACAAUUACCUACGGUUGUAUGAUGCCCGCAUGGCCACGUCAAGAAAACUAAUAUUGAUAUCAUACGUUACUUGUUAGUCAUUAACUAAUUUAAAUUUCGACCGGCCGUUUAAUACGCCGUGUUUGGCGCUCAACGUAAGACGUUAGAAAGUUCGAGUGAAAAUGCUGUAAAUCCUUCUUGAUUUACCGGAGAAUUCCUAAAGUAACGGUAACCCCGAAAAUAAGGGCUACCCGAAAGUAGCGGUUACUUUUUACCUCCCUAUUGAAUCCCGAAAGUAACGGCCUACCCAAAAGUAGCGGCCCUUCGAAAAUUACCACUCAACUAGAAUAACGUAUCGUAUUGAAUCUGAUUUAACGUUUAAAGCAGUACUUGCGAUCAACAAAAAAGCAAUUUUAAAGAGUGUUUAACGCAACAUAUGUCGUACAGGUACGAGAAAAAAAUUUUCGCUUUUGUUAUUUUUAAUUAGUGAAAGUCAAUUAUCAGCCUGUACUAUUCAUAAUAAUGGAUCAAUUUAACCAAAACGUGUGAAAAUCUUUGAACUCUGGUACUGUAUAUGCCAAACUGUCUCAACUAAACAACGUGAAGAGUCAUUUGUGAUUCUAUCCCGAACUUAUAUGAAUCCUUCUUUAAAUUAUGCGUGAUUUAAAAGCUGAAUUUUUCAAGAGUCAAAUACACAUACUAAUGAUAUUUAGAACUGUGCAUACCCUUUAAACUGCUGUAAAUGCACUGUAUUUAAAGUAUGAAUAAAUCACUAAACCAGGAAGUUUUCUUGACUGUUUGACAGCCAUGAAAUGCGUCUGUUAGCCCUUUUAGGUCCUAUGACAGACCGCAAUGACAGAUUUCCCUAUCCUUUUUUUCGUAAAAUCUAACUAGUGGUCUAUUAUCAAUGGUCCGUUCUGAUUGGUUGAGCUACUAAUAGGCUAUAUGUUAUAGCCCACUAGUAGCGAAAAGCGCCGGCUUUUUCGCGGUAAAAAAGGAUUAAAGUCUAGCUUUAACUAGCUAAAGUUGUUUUGUCUCGAUAUUUUUGACCAACUAGUUGCAUUUUACUAAAACAAUUAUUCCUCUCACCCUCAUGGCCUCUGAGUCAAUAGCCCAUUCGGCCUUCACCCCCAUGGGCUAUUUACUCCGGGCUCGAGGAAUAAUUUUUAAAUAUACUUACCCUUUCAUAUAUUUGAAGCCUAAAAAAGGUAUUUCUUUAGGGCGGAGCCCCAGUGUACUAAAACAAGUUCUACUACUUUCUACGGGUGGUAGUUUUUCGCGAAAAAUGUUAGUUGAUGUCUGCCCGCCUCGAAAGUAAAACACGACAUGUAUUCGAACGAACCAAGCAAAAAUUUAGACGUAAGUUAAAGUAACUAGCUAAAGUUGUUUUGUGUUAAAACAUGAUAAAUAGCCUUCCUGUCUUGGAAAAGAAUUCUGUAAUGAUCUUCAGUAAGAUGCUUAUUAUUGUAAAGGGAUUUAGAUAAGAAAAUCCAAGUUGUGAUACCUUUAUUGCGUUGCUAAAUACGGAGGAAAUUUUGUACGGAGUUGAAACAAAGUUAGCAGCCUUUCUGUCGGGAAGGAAUUCUGUGGUAAUCUUCAACAUGAAAAUGUUUCACAGGUGAAAUUGUUGACAAAACAAUGUGAACGUCUUCUGUCUUAUCAGCAGAGUACCUCAAAAAAUCCAGUUAUCGGUGACGUUUGUAUGUGCGAGGAGUCACCAUAAACAGAAGUCAUCUUUAAAGAUGAAUGAAUGAAUGAUUUAUUUAAUGUCGAAGACGUGGGAAGUGUUUGCACAAUCUUCCGAGCCAGAGGCUCAUGUUAAAAACGCUCGACAGACUGAAAAAUUGUGCAAAUACAAACAUUAAGGAAAACCUAAAAACAUCGUGAUUUUGGGAAAAUUUUUUAAGGAACUAUUUUCUGGAAAAAAAACCUAAAAAAAAAACUAAGAACAUGCAUUAAAAAAAAUAGUUUAAAACGGACUAAUCGUUAAAAACUGAUUAAAAUAUUAAAAAAUAUAAUUAGAUAUGAUUAUAUAUAUACAAACUAGCCCAAGAGUAUGUAAAAAUGUAAAAAUAGAAGAGAUUAAAAGAUUAAUAGAUUAAAAGAGGCAGCCUCAGACGACGUAUUAAAAACCAAGAUAAACUGUUGAUGGACGGUAUAUCUCAUUGCAAUUUCUGUUCGUUUGAAUAGCCAGUAAACUAGAGCAUGUUAUGACAGGCAGCGUCACUGAGAAACGGAUAUGUUGCCUCGUGGGGAGUGGCCAAUGAUUAAAAUAUUGUGUUCUUUGUGGAGAAAAGUAUUGUAGUCGCAUGAAGCGUGAAAAGAACAUCUGCCAAUUUAAUGUUUGACCAAGACACAUUUAAUUUUUUUUCCCUGUAAAUGACUUGUCUAUGAAUGUCUGAAAUAAAUUGUAGAUUUGGGAUUUACCUUGGAGCUCAGUUAGAAGAAAAUAUAUGUUUAGACGUCAAAUAUUAAAACUUCGACCGGCUUUUUUAUACGACCUGUUUGACAAUCAAAGCAAGAUGUUUGUUCGAACGUUAGAGUGAAAAUUUUAAACUGAUAAACUUUUGUCGAUUUCAAUGUGUGAGCCUGGGGUAGUUGAAAUAAUGUUAAACUGACAAUUUGUCUUGUCUUUUCGACAGCUCUAAAAAACAAAAGGGCCUCCUAGUUAACGAAUUCAGACUUAAGAUAUAUGACAACGAAUCAUGUAGUGUUUCGUUAGCAAAGUAGGUCAUGUUUUUUUUUUCAUGACGAGGCCAUAGUUAGAUUUAAAUGGCGUUAUCUUUGUGCUCUAGUGGUGUAGUGGAAAAGUGGCUUUUAAAAUUGAGUUUCUCGCAAAACGUUCAUCGUAUUUGAAGGUUUGAAAAGCGAUGUUUCGUGUUUUACCAUUUCCGAAUGAAGGUUUUUCACAAAAAGGUUUUUAAGAAAAGAUUAUUUAAUUGCAUAUUUAAUGAAUAAAUUGCAUGAGCCUUUAAGAUUUUCUUCAUCUUAUUUAUUUUUUAAUGUUAUAUUUAAUAUAUAUGUUGUGGUUCAAUUUUAUCCCAGGUUUAAAUUUUAUUUUUCUUUGUGUUUGGGUAUGGUAAUAUAUGAUAAUGAGUUUGAAACAAAGGAAAUCAAAAUUUAAACCUGGGAUGAAAUUGAACCACAGCAUAUACAAUAGGUAAGCUUUUAGAUUAGAUUUAGAUUUUUGUUUUCAUUUUAUCUUUAAUAAAGAUAAAGAUUUAACUAUUGCGAAAACUAUUGGGACAAACCUCCACGCAUACCUUUUCCAACGAGUCAGAUUUCAAAUCUGUUUUUCGUUUGCUUAGCCUGCGAACCGCAGACGUAUUUCCGAUCGUCGCUUCUCUUCCUCCGGGUGAAACUAGUAACUGGAGCCGAAAAAACCGGAUGCUCUCGCAGGCUAUCAUUUGCUAGGCCAUUUGUUCUUAACAAAUAAUGCACAUCCACCACCGUUAUUGGUUUCUAUCUUUUCUGUAGCAUGAAUUGCCAUCAGGACAUAUAUUACUGCCAGAUAUAGUGCUCUACGCAUUUUACCAUGCACGAAUCAAAUUUGUCUUGCUUCAAAUCAGGUAGUGGAAUGUUGCAAAAAGUUGUUGCAGAAAGUAGAGAGUAGAUCUACUUUUUGUAACAACUUUUCGCAACCUUCAACCUGAUUUGAAGCAAGACAGGUUUGAUUUGUUCAGACAUACACAUUGAGUGUCCCUUUAGAGGACUUUUACAGGGCUCUCUUCCCCCAGAAUCUUGUAGGGCGUGGUUCUUGUACUGUAGGCGAUAAAAGGCUCUUAUACACUGAUGUCAACAUUUAUUGCACUGUUGUUCUCCUUAUGGUAACGCAAUAUUGCUUUUACUGUUUGUUUACAGGGCUAGUGGUAUCCUGGGCGCAGAUGAUCCCUUUGGUGAUGUAAGAAAUUCCAUGUUUUCUUUUCCCUUUACAUAAUACGGACACAUGUCUGCACAGGUUUAUGCAAGGGGCUUAUUUGUCUCGCACUAUGUAAGGAAAUCCUGAUUCCGUGGCAAUCCGGGAAAUUUGUGCUUGUGGAAUCCGGAAUCCUGGGCCUUAAAAUCCGGAAUACAGCUCAAGGAAUCUGGAAUCCUUGAAUCCAAAAUCCAAAACUGCCUUUGGUUUACCUCACAUGGGCGAUUUGUCCUAAGCACGCUGAAGCUAUUGUACAUGGGAAAACAAGUAAAAUGGUUUUUAAUUUCUAAGAGGUCACUGAUUUAUAAUUUGUGAUUUUGGUACAUGAUAUUUUGCAGACCAUUUUGUUCACCAUGGAUGAGGAAAUUUUGGAAGCCAUGGCCCAGUAUGAUCAAACAUAUGACGGAAAUGAAGAAGACGAAGAUGAACUGCUACGCAGUUGCUACUUUGAACGACCAUCAACUGCAGAUCAAGCUGAAGAAGGCGUGAGUAUACAAUUGUGUACUGAUUUGGUGAAUACUAAUGAUUUGUAUUCUGCGGAUCUAAUUAUCAGCAAUUUGUAGCUCUGUUUUCUAUCUAGUAAUUGCCUACCGCUAUUUCUAAUAAGGUAAAAUCCCAUCUCGGGUUAGGUGCAAUAUCCCACAAUUCUUUAAGUAUGCAAAAUUCAUUAAAUACAUUAAAAUAUCAAAUACAUUUACCAUUUUUUCUUACAUUUUUCAGGGAAGUGGAGAUCGACCAUUUACAUCUGCCAAACACGCCAGAAAAACGAAACCUGAUCAAGAGCUUCUGAAGACUGAAGAGACAGAAGGUCCGUUACAGGAGACCCAUUAAACGCGCACAGGCAACCCAAUGGAGAUUAUCGAGAAGCCCAUUACUCCGAAUUGACCAUCGGCUCCUCGUGUAUUUUCUAUGCCUUUCCUUUGAAAUUUAUUGUUUCCAAAUAUCUGCACAGUCCCAGAUAUCUCCUUUCUUCGGUCCAGAUUUCAUGCGUUCUUUAUCUAGUUAAGCUGUCUUCGCAUGACGGUUUUCUGAUAUCGUCCACAGUUACUGGUAGUCCUACUGUACUCUGAUUGGCGGAGAGUUUUUUGGCGCGAAAAUUAAAUCUAUAAAAAGCCUAAAACUAUGAAACUGUGACGGUUCUCUCGGGGCGAUAGGCUCCGGUUUUUUGUCGAAUCAGGACCUUGAUUAGGUCCUCAAACUCCCACUUUAUUCGCCGUUUCAUUGUCAUUAGCAGAGUAUCAAACAGAUGUCACUUAUUUCUCAAGGCGGUGAGGUUGACAAGGAAAUGAUUGGCCUAACUUUGUGUGGUUCUUUUUAUCUACAGUACAUGGUGUACCAAGCUCAAGCGGUUAUCUUGAAGGCAGAGGUAGGUACUGUUGUUAGUCAGUUAGCCAUUAACAUGGUGUGGUGAGAACAAAAAGUGGCACACGAGCCACUUGCGAGUGUCUCAAUGAUGUUUUGGCCACAUUUUGAAGUCUUCUGUGAAAUGUAACUGCAAACACACACGGCAAAAUGGAAUCUAUUUGUUUUAUAAUAUUCAAAGAGAAAACAUUGCCUUUUGGCGGUCGACUGUUUGAAGAUUUGUUCCAGUUAAGGUAGUUUUAAAGUCGCCAAUAACGCUGUUCCUAUGCUAACCGCUUGAGAGGCCUUCAAGCUGGAAUAACCUCGUAAACAUUUUUAAAAAUGUGCGUCAUAGCAGACAAAAUAGAGAAAGCAAUUUCCUUGUGACGUCAUCAGUUUCUUUACUCUCGUAGAUCGUAAGCAACGGCCAAUAGAGGAGUCGUUAUGUCACGUUGCCAUGGUAGCAAUUUUUCUGGAUGACAACAAACCGAAAAUAUCACUUAAAAAGUGAAUUCGGACUGUGUCAAACUUCGUCCAUCUUAUCAGUUCAAUUUCAUUUUUUGUCCAAUAUUGGCGAACUUUUCUGGGGUUGAAUCCUAAAGGACCGUAUCUGUGUUUAGCAAAAGAAAAUUUUUGUUUGAUGUUCACCUACUCCACUGAAGCGGGCGCAUGAAAUUAGGAAGUUUCAUGUGAUUGCCGCUGUCGUGCCGCGACGGCUAAGAAAUGUACAGAAGCGUGAUGCACGUGCAGCGUUAUUGUUUUGCUUAAGAAAACCUAUUGCUUUUUUGCCGUUCUCGUUGCCGUCGCUGUCGUCGUUGGUUAAGCUCUCAAUUGUUGUGAUCCAGAAAUUUUGCUACCAUGGUAACGUGACGUCACACUUCUCCUCUCUAUCACAGCAAGCGUAGCAUUCGGUAUAGAGACCUUUAACGCUUUUAAGACAGAUCAUACAAGAGCUACUAAAGAUUCAUCUUUUCGGAUCCUUUUUAUUAAUCUUUAAGGAGUCGAGAAUUUUAACUAAAAGAGUUGUACUCGCUAAAUUUGGUUUUCCAUAAUCCUGGUCGCUCGAAAAAAUACCCGAUUUUCGUUAUAAAUAUAAAGUUGUGUUUGUUGUUUUUCAGUUCUUCAGCUGAAUUUCUUGUCCACAUGGGGUGAUCCGUUUUAUAUGGGACUUACAGGAAUGGAGUUUUUGGGACCCAACCAGGAAGUCAUUCCUCUGUCUUAUAGCAUGCUUAAGGUAGCAGAAGCAAACCUGUUCAUCGUAACCUUUCACUGCUUCAUUCAUUUUAAUUUAUUAAUGCGUGUUAUAUUUGUGGUGUUCUUUUUCUUUUAACAAGGCUUGUCCAAGGGAUCUUAAUGAUCUCCCAGAAUACGAAGAUGACGAUAGGACACUUGAUAAGUAAGUUCUGCUUACAUUCGUUCGCUUCUUGUUACUUUGAGUUCUUGCGAACUGUACAGUAUCACAAAUGAUCCCCGACCGCAAACUGGGAUCAUUUGCGGUCGGGGAUCAUUUGAAGGAAGCUACCCAUAAUUCCUCGUAGCCGACCAAGUUCUCUGGUCCGUGCCGGCAAAUAGCAGCGCAUCAUGAAAAAGAGCUCUGUUCCUGCGUUUCUUAAGGCCUCUACGGAUCACCUAUUUGAUAACCUUGAGUUCUGGAAAAAACAUUGUUGUUUUGGAAAAAAGGCUGGUCAAAGUCUUUUAAAAUUUUGGUCCCAAAAAUCUGUACGAACCCUGUAUUAACCCUUUUGGUCCCAAAAGUGACCAACAUCAAUUUUCUCCUAACAACAACAGCAGAUCAUCAAGAGUAAAGGUUAUGAGAAUUACUGAACUGAUUACCAAAGGGAGAACCCUUUGAUCGUAAACCAAAUUCUCUCAACUGUUCUUAAAAGUAAUGUAUGGAGAACAGUCUGGAGAAUUUGUAGGUGGAUCUUGGGGCUUAAAGGGUUAAGUCACGUCUCGGCUCUUUUUAUCCCAACAGAAUCAUAGAUGGAUCAAACCUCACCAUGAGUGAUGAACACAUGUGGUUGAUACCAUUCACUGAUGGACAAGACCACCUUCUAACUGUGGAUCUAGGACAGCCCACCCCCCUGAUUGGACUACGAGUCUGGAACUAUAACAAGUCAAUAGACGAUACAUUUAGGGGGGUAAGAAACGUAGUGGAAAUAAGUGCGUCGCAGAACCUCGCGAAGUUUUAGAGAGGGUGGACCGAACAAUGUUAGGAAUGGGGUGGGGGGGAAGUGAAGUGAAUUGUGUAAUUGUGAAAAGGGGAGGAGUUGGACAUUUUAGAGGGAUGAUCCCCCUUUCGGUUUCUCAGUUACGACUGAUCCCCCCUUUGGUUCCCCUAAAAAUCAAGUGAUCCCCCCAAAAUCCUCCGCCCCCCCCCCCCCCGCCCAGGCGAUAAGUAAUGACCGGUCCCUAAUGUUCAAGUAGUAGAAGGGCGUUUACUGUUAUCCGCUUAAAGGAGCAACAUCGUGUGAUGCGCAUGUGAGAAUGUCCUCAGUUUGGCGUUAUUUAUCUCAGCCUUACGUGGUUAUAUAUUCUUUACAUUUACGUAGCUCUUCUAGAAGGUUUCUGUGUGUAAAUUCAACAAAGGCCUAUAUUCUGGCUAACGAUCAGGAAGCGACCUAGGAAAAUCUUCGCCAGCAAAGCAUCGAAACUCUAGGUUUGGUAGAAAACUCACAAGAGUAUUUGGCUGGAUGGAAUAAUUCUCCCUUCUCGGGUUUGUUGCCUGGAUCAAGUGCUUAUAUGCCUCUUGUUUCGUGCAUUUCGUGAAACAAGAUCGAGUGUUUGGGGACGCCCCGAGACAAUGUGUAAUGCUUUUUUACUGAUGCACAAAUUCUUACUAUAACUUACAGAGUGUUAUUUCUUACUUGUUCCCAGGCCAAACAAGUUCAUAUUAAGCUUGAUGACAGGAUCAUUUCACCACCAGAAGGGUUCCUUUUAAGAAAAGGUUAGCCUAUAGUUGAAGAACAAUAACGUAAUCAUAAGUAGGUGGAGCAUGAUCGUUCAGGUGAUUGUACUUCAGAAUAGGACUGUUGUUGAUAGUGACUGACGUUUCGACAACCUGUGCGGUAAGUCGUCUUCAGAGUCAAAGGCAGUUGUACCACGUCAAGUAAUGGUAUUAAAUUCUGGUUAUAUCACCUGGACGAUCAUAUUCCACGUACUCAUGAAAUGACUCUUGGGUUCAAACCUUUCUUUUUUCUCUUUUUGCUAUAAAUAAUCUCAUGCCCAACCUUUUUGUCUGUUUUAGGCCCAGGAAAUGUUCAUUUUGAUUACGGUCAGGAUAUCUACUUCAUCAAACCGGAAAAAGAAUUUCCAGCACAGGGCGACAAAGCCAAGGGUGCAGAACGCAGGUUUGUUAUUUGACUCCAAACUACAGCUACUUGUUAGGGUUUAUUUUGAAAAAUCAGUAAGGGAAACGUUCUUUAGAGUUUCGAAUCAAUCGAAUUGCCUGAAAGUCCACACCAAUUGGUGAAGAGAAAAAGUAAUCUUAUUAACGUCGUCAAUGACUACAAUAACUGUUUCGGGCGUUUUUAUGAGGCUGAAUAUUUUGCGUUUAACACGUCGUAUUUUUCCGUGUUUUGCAUGGAUUUCAUCGAAAUCUCUUAAGCGCCUACGUGUUCUUAAAGCAUGAGAUAAUGGUUUGUUUCGUCAUUCUUUCAGAGGAAAGUUGGCAUUGAGAAAUGUUCAUACAAGGGUAUAAAAUUUUCUUACUCUGACCCACCUACAACCUCGUCCCGGGGAUUUGUCUUCCAUUUUCUAAGGAAAAGCCCUGGGGAUAGACUAUUCACAGUCCCCUAUUUUUCCGUAAGAUCGUCGAGAUUGAGCCACUUUACGUUACGGGCAGUCAUCUUAGAUGAGUAUCAAAACUACCCUAAGUAGUUUUUUUUCGUCCAAAAUGGCUGUAUGAAACGCAAAGUGCUCGAUCUAGGCGAUCUUACGAAAAAAUAGGGACCUCAAGCAACUAUUACGACGACGACAACAACGUCAAAAAACAAUUGGUUUUAUGAGCAAAACAACAGCUCUGCACGUGCAUCACGCUUUUUAGUACAUUUCUUUGACGUCUACUUGUCGCUUAAGCUCCCAAAUAGCGGACUGUGAACAGUCUUCCCUGGGGAAGGUUGAAGCGUUUGGUACUUCAAUUUUGAUAUAGUUGAACCAAAGCUGUUUUCUCCGGUUUAGGCUGCACUUCUUUUACGUGUGUUAUUUAUUACUUUCAUUGUUAUCAACGUCUUCUGCAUGUUUUCUCUCUUUUCCUCUCCUUAUCUCUUAACGUUUUUUUAAUUGUGCCGAAACACAUUCUCAGCCCUUCAUGGCGGAUUUUCGGGUUAUUUUUUAACUUAUGUUCUUGCUUUGGAUGUACAGGUCGGAAAGUAAGGUGAAUUUGAAGAAGCUCAUGCCUGACUACGAACCAACUCUAAUGCCUUGUGGCUGUAUCCUUCAAAUAAUUCAUCUUAUUGGAUAAUUUCAAAACUUUCUUCGGUUUAAUUUUAAAUUAAACGUUAUGGCUUUCUUUCAAAUCGUGGUCUAAAUUAUUUAAAAUCAUUAUACUUCUCUCCUUAGCCAACAUUUUGCCUUAAAUGAGAAAUAAGUGUUAAUGUUGGCUUAGGAACUCUGACACGGUCCGCAAAGUCGAUUUCACUUGUUGAAGUAUAUGAAAAGGUAAAGAAAUUUCUCUUUUCGGUCGGUGAAAAUGCUCAAAAAGGCUAACAGAUGCAUUUUGUGGCUGAGAAAAAGUCGUGAAAGCGUUCUGGUUUUCUGAUUUAUUCAUAUUUUAAAGAUUGCAUUUACAGCAGUUGAAAGGGAUGCAAAGUUCUAAACUAGGUAUGUUUAGGGGUAAAAAGGGGUACCUUUUGUCAAUAGAAGGUAUACGAAAGGGGUCCUUUUUGUCAAAAGUGGUACAUAUAUGAGUAAAAGGUCGGAUCCCCGGGAUUGAGAUAAGGUUCGAGUUCACUUUUUCUUAACUGGUUGCCAGUUGUUUUCCAGUUCCAACUAUUUUCAACCUGGGGUGAUCCGUAUUACAUCGGUCUGAAUGGGCUGGAAUUCUAUGACGAGAAUGGUUACAGAAUACGUCUGACUGGAAAUAACAUCACUGCAUAUCCACACAGUGUGAAUGAGUUGGAAGGAGUCAGUGAUGAUAUCAGGACUCCAGACAAGUUGAUUGACGGUUUUAAUGACACAUACGACGGAAGGCAUAUGUGGCUUGCACCUAUCUUACCUGGAAUUGUAAUUAUUUAUUUAUUUCUUUCUUUCUUUCUUUAUUUUAUUUCAUUUCAUGUCAUUUCAUUUCAUUUCAUUUCAUCUCAUCUCAUCCCAUCUCAUCUUAUCUCUUUGCAUCUCGUCUUAUUUAAUUUAAUUUUAUCUCAUUUCAUCUCAUCUCAUCUCAUGUCAUCUCAUUUUAUUUUAUUGGGAACCUUGGAAAACUCGGCCUUGUUUUCAAGAUAACUAGAGUUUUACCUGGUACCUGAAUUUUACAAGAUAUUUUCACAAUACUCAUGUAAACCUGACUGUUUCAAAAUGCUAUUUCAUUUGUCCUUUCUAGAUUAAUUUAAUAUAUGUGGUGUUUGACGAACCCGUGACAGUUUCCAUGGUAAAAGUCUGGAAUUACAGCAAGACACCCAUUAGAGGAGUGCAGCAGUUUGGGGUAAGGCAAAGGCAAAAACGUGAACGUUCACUUACGUAAUAAAUAUGCCCAUAACAAGCAAAUUUAUCCUUGUUCUCCUCAUUCUAUGUUUUACAAUUUCUGAGCAAAUCGUCGCGCGCUGAUUGGUCGAGAGCUAUGGUCUGUUAGAGAUUAGACCAUGAAAAUGACGUAACAUGUCACGCAGUGCCGGUUGUUUUGUUUUUGGUUUUUCGUAAAAAAAUAAAUGUUAUUGUAAAAAGCAAAUCGACCCCAAGUUUCUAUGGUCUACACUCUUAUAGACCAUGAAAAUGACGCCAUAAAAUGUUCAAAACUUUGCAGCAUUACCACUCGUCUGCGGCUCGUGCUUCCACUUGAGUUUUGAACAUUUUACGACGUCAUUUCUAUGGUCUAUAAGAGUGAAGACCAUGGAAAAUUGUGGUCGAUUUGUUAAAUGUACCUAUCUGUGAAAUCAUGCAUAAAGGCACUCCUUUAAGAGGGAGGCAUGCGGUUAGCGGAGCAUAAAUUCCCAGCGUUGAAGCCUUGGGCUCUCGUUUAUUUAGGUGUCAGUUGUAUGUGUUCUUAUGAUCAGUUUAUGAUCAGAAGUGUCCCUUCCAACGUUCCUGCGAUUUAGUAGUUGCUAAAACAUGUAUGUAAAACUGAGAGUCUUGGCAAGAUUCGAAAACUUUAGGAGUUAACUCGAAACGUCAUUGGAGAGAAAUGUACUUUUCCCGUGUACCUACUUGAGCGAAGGUUAUGAAGUAUUCUAAUAAAGGAGCUAAAACAAAGGCGGUUUUGAGCGACGCAUGUCAACCGGAAGUGGGAACGUUUCCAUUUUAAUAAGGGCCUGUUUACAUGGAGGUGGGGGACCUCAGAUAGGUGAGGUAACAUGUGGCGGGUCACCCCACCUAUCAUGUAAACGUGAUCAAAUUAAAAUGAGAGAUUACAUGGACAGGCGGGUUACUCCACCUAAGCGGGUUACCUCACCUACAUGGGGUCCCCCACAUCCAUAUAAAUAUGCCCUAUAUCUUGAUGCUGCCAAAUUUGAAUAGCUAAUUUUCUUAACUCUCGUAGAGACGAUAUGCCCGAAAAAAUGUGGUCAAAGUCACGGCGCAAGAGUGCAAAAAAACCCAGUUCCAGUCAACGUGCGUCUUUAAAAAACGUCGUUGCUUACGCUCCCUUUGUGUUUUCUAGCUACUAGUUGAUGACUUGCUCGUGUAUCAUGGAAUCCUGCCACAAGUUCCGUCCGUCACAAGAGGAAUUCUUCCCAACUUGGAAAUGCCCACACCGCACCACACGAUACUGUUCACAGACGAGGAGCAAAUAGCUCUGGCGGAGAGGAAAAAUGUACUCAGGUACCGGUUGCAGCAGGGUAUUGAUUCCUUAACGCUUGGAAUAAUCAUAAUAAUGGGAAUAAAAAAGUCACAAGCAAAUUACUGCAUAGCUCUUGUUAAUACUAUCCCCAUUAUCACUGCCUAAACCACCCCCCUCCCUCCUCCCCGCGCGGUCGACUAUCUUUCGCCUGAUUUUUUUCGUGUCAGCAUAAGAUUCUGGAAAAGUGCCCACCUACAAAAUAGUAGGUUAAGGGAGGGGUGGGUGGUUGCUUCCCGGAAUCUUAUACUGAUUUCUUAACCCCAGUGGCUCUUUGGUGACCGUUUUUGUUUACGGGUGAAACCGCACGCUUAUACUAAGAUGUUCUUUUUCCCUUGAUUGUAGUAACAAAGGAGGUGAACAAGAUAUUCAGUUGACAAACGACAAAAGAAUCGUGGCGCAUUACAAUGAUCCUAAAUCCGCAGGAAAAACAGCAGAUCCUGGUAAGUUUACCCCGUGGGUUAUGAUGUACAACAACCAACCCUAAAGACGCCAUUUUGAAAGCCGAAUAUACCCUAGGGACGAGGUAGAAAAGUCCCGAGUAAUCGUGGUAACUUACACUUGAUAGUAUUUGACUUCUGAGCCUGUGGGAGAAAUUGUAAGAAAUGUUGAAGCUACUUAGAAGUAUUUUCCUUUGAUACCGUUUAUUUGGUUAUGAUAUGUGGCUGUAAUUUUGACCUUAUAGACAAAAUGUUGGUAUAUGUCCACUGAAAUGAUGAUUUCUUCCCAGAGGAAGUACCUAAACCUUGACACAAAUUCUCCAGACUGAUUUCCAUUCAUUUGCUUAAAUAAUGAGAUGAGAGAAUUGAGGAUAUAGCAUUUCUUCUAGACGAUCCUUAUAUCUUCUAGAAACCCCGUAUAGUCUAUUACGGGAAGUUUCCCCAGGGGUUCUCUUCCUUUGUCGUAUACCCAACGUGAUGUCCAACUGACGUGAAAUGAUAAAAGUUAGUCGUGGAAUAAUCGCUAAUAGUGGUCUUAAUUUUUUUUGCAGCUCUAAGACCAAAAACCAGCGUACCCGCUUUUCAAAAGAAACGAUGAUGGACCAACCCUCUGGCUGUGUAGCCAGGUAUCAGAAUCGAACAGACAAUUUGAAGGGAACUCACGCAACACUUUCGCCCAGUAUUCUCCUAUCAGCCAAAUAGUGGGAGUUGGCCGUUCCAAAACACCAUAUAAGUUAGUUGCGUCCGUUUGCGUCGAAGACGUAAUUUAACCUCGAUUAGUAACGUCAAGCAAAUUCCUACGUUAAGGGGUUACGGUUGGAAGACAAAAACAAUAGAAUGACCUACAUGCUAAAUUAUUAAAGCAGUUUUCUUACUUAUUUAUAAGAGAAGGUAGGCGGACAAGAAAAUAGUUGAUUAUCUGCGUGCUAAGUUAUUAAAGCAGUUUUCUUGCUAAUUUGUAAGAUUUGAAAUGUAAAGAGAUAAACCGCGGAAAAAAGUAGAGGGCGAAUCCUCUUCGGUAAACUUGAAUAGAUAAUAUAAAUACGACAUACGUCCAUUGUUAGCGUUUAAGUUAUACCCUGUUAUCCAUACCUCGAGGCAAAUACUAUGUGAAAUAAAUUGACAGAUGUUCUGUAAUAUAUAGUAAGUGGCUCUUGAAUACAAAAUUAAAG